GCGCAUGCGCAGCCUCCACUGAAAACCACAUGCGUCUCUCCGCUCGGCUCUCUCCAGUCAGUGCCAAAGCGGAGAGAUGCGCACACUGACUGAGGAGGAGGACACCACCGCAGCAGCAGCAGAGAAAUGCGAACGUCUCCGUGCCAGACCCGGCGUUAGCUUCACCUCCCGUCACCCCUGACCCGCCUGCCAACACGAUGGGUUAGAGGGAACAUGGCUAACUUUCCUACACUUUGCAUGUCACGGGAAAUGUCCUGCGUUGUGUGGAGAGCCGUGCAACCGAGCGGCUGAACUGAUAGCACAAAAACCCAGAGACUUGACAAGAGGAAGAGAGAGGGAAGGGGGAACCCGAUUCCAGUCUUUUCUAGCCCAGUUUUUUCUCCCAUUUCGGGGUUUUGAGAGAUGAUCACGGAGCUGGUGUGCACCGCCGUGGCUGUGGGUCUCUAUCUGAACACGCUGGACGCGGAUUUCUGCUACGAUGACAGGUAGGUUUCACCCACAGAGAGCAACGCUGCCAACAACACCAUCAUCCGCUCCUCCACUUGUCAUCUCCUCCUGUUACCUCCUCACGGAAGCGCAGAGAGGGGGGGACUGGUCUUUGCAUGUGCUUUUGUAGCCUGUAAUAAAUCACUGCUCAUUUGUCUGCUGGUGCUAAAGACACAAAGACAGAGGGGGAGGAGGAGUGUGAUGAAACCUGACUGUAAAAUUAGAGUAACAUCACUAAAACAUGCCUGCAGUGGUGUGUCCCCAGAACUUGAAACUGCAUUAUGAUGAUAAUUGAAUUCACAUUUCUUUCUUUCUCCUCAAAGUGACUAAAGAGAGCCUGAACUUUCAUCUUCCUCUUCUUGGGUAAAAGAGUAAAGGAGGUGAAGUUCAACACGUUGUAAAUGUAAAGCAGCUCUGCUCCAGCUGCCUGCUGCUCCCAUGAAGCGCUUCAGAUGCUCUUUGUGUUGAUGAAGCGCAUGUGCCUGUUACAACAAUGCCUGCACCCAGGGGAAUUAAAGCUAAUUUAAAACGGGACUUUAACAGCUGAACAAACAUGUCAACAGCACUGAGCUGCUGAGGGAGUUUCUUUGAGUUUCCAGGCUGAACUGACUGAUGGUGAUGUACAGUGGAGGUGAUGAAACACAGGAAACAAAGGGUCCAAGAGAACAUGUCAAGAAGAAGAAGGAGAUGAAUAUCAGAUGAUUAUAAGAUAACUCAGAGCCUUUAUAUUUUUUAAUUAGUUCAUGUGAAAGUUAUCCACUUUUAAGGAUUUAAAAAUAACUUGGUAUCACAUGUAAUGUCUAAAAAAAUCCCCUGAGACAGUGGUUCUCAACUGGUUUCACUCUCACAUUUUCCCAUGGUUCUUAAGUCGCACCCACUUUUAUAAAAUUCAAACCAAGCAAAUUUAUUUUUAUAAAAAAAACCUUUUAAGACUCAAAUCUUUAACAUAAAUACUCAGUUUUUAUUGAGUACAGUGUAUUUCAGAGCACAUGAACUGAGGACAACAACUACUAAAGUUGCAUUUAAAGAAAAUAUCAAAUGUCUAAUUGCACAAAAUAGAGACUAUGCAUUCAGAACAUAUUCAGAAGAACCUGAGGAUGAACAAAAGUGAUACCAGAUUGCACAAAAUAAAGACCAAAAAAAUGUAUCUUUACUGCAUUCAGGCCACAUUAAUAGGAAACCAAGGAGGACCACAGCAUAAUGUGUGCCUUUCGAAAUAAGAUAUUUUUCAAAAUAAAAGACAUGUCAAACAUCAGAUGCACAUUAAAUUUCUACUUUUUGACCAGCUGUUCACGACCCAUCCAGAAUGACCCACCAGUUGAGAGUCACUGCCCUAAGAGAAUCAGCUGUUGGUUGCAUACAGUAAAAAAGAGCAAAAACAAAACAAAAUAGAUAAAUGGGGGUUAUUUAAAAAUGCUAAAAGAGGCAAAUCCUGUACUUAGAUAUUUUCUACUUAUUAAAUUUCAAACAACCUAAAUUUGCAUUCCUAAGACAUACACUUUUAUAUCGUGCCUAUUCUUGUAACUCUUUUGCCUAAUAUGAGAAUUUACUCUCAAGUUUGUUGUAAUAUCAACUCUUGUAGUUAAAAAAAAAAAGUGACAUUUUUGGGGUGACGGGGCUUAGCUGUAGGCAGAACCUCUGCAACCCUUCAGGCAUGUUUAUAGUAUUAUCUUGUGAGUUUUAUUGGCUUCUUUUUUGACUGUGGCAGAAGAUAACACGGGUCCCUCUGAAUAUAUGAGGUCACUUAUUGACAAAUGGGAGCACACAUGCGCUCAGUGGUGUAGUGGGAAUUUUGUAGCUUAUGAAGUUCAACAUCACCACCCAGAGUUAAAGUGUGUGCUGAACUGCUAGACUGCAAGUAACACCAGUUUUAACUUUUCAGUCGACUGUUUCUUCUGCUACUUAUUAUUUAUCAUUCGGCAGUCAUGCGUGGAAUAAUUAAUGCAUCACGUUUUUGGCAUCCACACAAAAGAGAAAAACAUGAUUUUCAAUUCCUUGACAAUCUCUCAGAGUGCCUGUCACAGACCUGUGCUUGUAGGAAUAAUCGUAUUUCAUGUAAAUGUUGCUCAACAGCUGGCUUUCUGUAGAAAAUGCUGAGCUGAGCUGGACACAGUUCCUUCUUCUGUUUAUGGGCAUGACCAGUUCUGGCUCGUGCAAUCUGAGUUUAAUAAACGGCCCUUUAUCAAGUAUUAAAUCACAGGUAUGCAGAGUAUGUGGUCGAUUCCUCUGAGGGUGGAAAGAAUGAUUUGACAGUGAACAGGUCGCCUCCCUUAUUCGUUCACAGUGGUUGCCGUCUGGUAUGCAUCUCAAGACACCCCUUAAAGGUCAGAGAUCCCCUCACUUUACUUUCAGCGUCAUUGUUGACCCCUGUGUGUGAGUAAGACGGAGUGUUUGUGCAAGUGAAUGAAGAGGAGCAGUGGAGAAACAUGGAGUGGUGGUCGAAAUGAGCUCCAUCUGCCGUAUCCAGUUCCAUCGCACCUUGCCAAGUAUCCCAGUAAAGCACCCAGUGGCUGCUCAUCCAUCAGCCUUGUCCGAACAUGCGACGGCGACUCUGCAAGGUUGUCAAGAAAGCCCUUUAGUGACAUAUUACCUGCAGAGCUUUCUUACUUGUUUCAACCCACGCUUUCGCUCCAGUCCCGUCUGUGAAAGUUCAGUAUUCGCCAAUGUUUCAUAUCUAUCAAAGUCAAGAUGGUAAUUUACGCUCAGGGGGGAUGGACACCGGCGUCUUGGUUCAGCACUCUUAGGUGGAGGAGGUUGAAUACCAAUCAGAGGUCCAACCUCCCCGGUCGUUCAUCAAACGGUGUCUUCUCUUAGGGUCAAGAGUCGUGUGCUUUCAGUUCUCUUCCCUCAGGGAUUAGACCGAGAGCUACGAGCAUAAGGUCAAAGCACGACAAAGAUUGAGGUGGAGGAGUGUUACGCUAAUCAUUGUGGUCUGGGCUUGUACGAUCUCAGAACUCAAUGUGAACAUUUGCACGGUGGCCAUUUUUAUCUAAUAUGCUCAUGUUGGAAAAUGUAAAGCUUGGAUAAUAAAUUAUUUCAAUUCAAUCAGGCCAAAAUGGUGAAAUGGUGCAAAGGUCCUCACAGGAAGAAGUGGGGUUCCAAAUAAUACAAGAUAGAUUGAAGUCUUGUCAAAUCCAAAACAAAUGCGUUAUUUAAGUACUUACUAGUGAACAUAAUGUAAGCUGACUUAAAAGAAAAUGUGACUUAUUUAUCCAACUGGAUGGUAACUCUGUUAGCAACUAAAAAGGGUGAUAACAUUAAAUCAUUUAAUUGACUAAACCUGCACAUCCUCAGUCAUGACACCAUUAAAGGUUCCCACUUUGAGCAUGUCAUCAGAUGUCAAUGAUUGCCUUUUAAUCUGAUAAAUCGGUCAUCAUCGUCUACUUAUUAAAAGCCUCCUAGAAUGACUGAGAACUCUACUGUGGGCCAUCAGUUAUCCAGGAAAAUGAUUUGGGACUUCCGGCUCUUGUUUUCUCUGUUUUUCUACUCAUCAUUAUUAACAGUCUAAAUGGCAACUCGAUAUGCAGACUGAAACAGGUGAUUAUAGGAACCAGACUGUCAGCUGCUCUCAUACCAGAUGUGUGUGAGAUCAAUAAAAAGCCAAAUCAUCUUCAGAGGACAGCUAAUGAGUAAGGUCUGAGUCAAUCAACUCUUUGCUUUCUUGGUCUCCUCGUGGACUUUUUAUGCAGAUAAAGCUUUAGAAAUACUUGUACAUGACUAUCAGUGGGACCAAUAUUGCUCUAGAUAUCGAAGAUCUUGUCCUUCAUGUCCAGAUUCUGUAUUCACAGCAAUAUCCAUAAAGAAGUACGCUGAAAUAACUUGUUUGUUAAUGGACACAUUUAUUUCUGUCUACAUUUUCUCACUCAGAGAGCUGAGGCGACCUCAUCCGAGGCUUGUGUUCAAACUCUUGUUGCAUGUCACAAAUGGUUCAAAGACAAGAUGGCAGAGCAGAUAGCUCUUCUUCAUCCAGACACUUCAGCUUUCUUGGAUGUCUUGGCCGGUCUCUGCUUUUUCAAUCAUGUCAAGUGUUUUUCCUGGGCACUGCUCAGGGCUCAGCCAAGCACUCUCUUGGCCAAUGGUAAUCCCAAUGAAAAGACUCUGCGUGUGAAAUGACUAAGUUUUAUGGGAGCAGGGAGAUGACUCGAGCCAGGCUAUUUUUUUUUUCUAUUCAAGGGAAAAUAUUGAGAUGUGAUCUUCUGGUUUAGGCUUCUCUCCACUCCAGCCAGGGGUAUUCACGGUGCUGAUAUGUUCAUGUUUGUACAGGCGGUUGGAUUGAUAGCUUGAGAGUUGUGGUCACGGUUUUGGAAAUACUCUGACCGUCACCUCUGAACUCGCCUUUUAAUACCUGUCAUCAAGUCUUUUGACAGGUUAACAAAUGAGACUCUCCAUGAUGCAGCAUUUCAGUGAUACUGUUUUAACACAGUUUGGCAAUUCAACCCUAUAAUGGACGCUUUUACAAGGAGGAUUCAGAUAUAAUUUAAUAGACACCGAGACUGAAGCAAGGACAAGAGAUACAGGCAGCAACACUGCGAAAUGAAAUGCAUCCUAAGUGGCUUUUAGCAUCCCGAGUCGUGCAUUUGAAAACAUCUGUGACCCCAAUCACGUCACACACCCUCUCUGUAACUGAGAAAUGCAUUAUGGUCCCUCUGGGGAUUGGACUGAAAACAUCCUCUCUCUUUUUUUGUUUUGUCUUAGAAAAGUAAAUUUGUGGGUUUGGUGGGGCAAGGAUUCCAACAACUGGCACAUUUCUCUCUCUAUGAUUCCAGUUUUAUUCCCCGUUUGAAUCAUCUCCAUUGUUAACACAGAUAUAAAUGGUUACAUAUGACACCGAGUGACUCUGAGGUGACUUGAAAGAAGCACCAAAAUUAAGUCACAAGAUCACAAAGUCUGUUGGCGCCAACAUCUGCUUCUCCUCUAGCCUGGUCUUGAGGUUGACCAAUAAAUGCAUCAAUAUGGGAUUGUCUUUAAGCAGCACCCUUUCAUCACUGUUCAAACCGUAGUGCCUACAGUGGAAGUGCGAUCCAACCGCCUUUGUGUAUUUUAACGCUGCACUGAGUUUAACCCUCUGGAUACAUCUGAGCUGUUUCCCUCAAACCCCCAAUAAGCUUGAAAGAAAAAUAUUUUGAAUGAGAUGUAAUUCCUCAUUGAAUUACAUCUCUGAAUCUUAAUGUACCAGGUACGGAAAAGUAUGCUGCGUUAAUAACAAGCAUUGUUUCCUGAGGAAUGUACACUUGCUUGUAUCAACUCAGAUAAGGGACGCAGUAAAUUCAAUCAAUCUAAAGCGGUGGGCCAGUUUUUUAUUACAGCUUCUGGUUGUUUCCUUUCUUAUAGUGAUUAACAGCGAUUUAUUGCUCCAUGACCAGUGUGGGGCAGGCUACAGGAAAACAGGGACAAGGAAUCAAAUCAAUUUGCAAUGAAUUAUUGCGUGUUGAAAAGAUAAUAACAUGCCGUACCUAUUACAGAAUACUAUUAAAUUGCAUCCUUUUGGUUACUUGGCCAAGUUCUGAGCAUUCCCACCCAAACGAUACAUUAGUGGUAUUUGAAGCUGCACUAUUCGUUAUUUAACAUGACAGUUUUGAAUAAGGUUUUAUAGCCCACUUUUUCUCUGGUUCACCACUUUUUGGUAGUUCUUGUCAGCUACAACUGGCAGCUGUAAUAAGUUAAGUUGGUGGAUAACUUGAAGAAUGAAGUGACUAAAAGACAGACAUUUCGAACCAAAGUUGGUGGAGACAAACUCAAUGUUGGAUUUAGUGUUCGAAUCAAAUUUUUGACAGAAGUGCGCCUCCCUCCACUACAGUAGGUGGCAACGUGCCCCCCUUUCAGUCCUAUUGGAUCGUCUCCUGGUUGAUGUAUUACCUAUCAAAACAAUCGACAUAAUGAGGCCAAAUAGUGUACGCUCAACGAUAAAAACACAACCUCUUUAGUUGUUGGGUAGGACUGUUUUGUCUUUUUCUUAACAUACUCCAGAUUUUGUUUACCACCUGACCUCCGGCUUCAAGUCCAGCAUGGAGCAUGCAAACAACAGUUAGGUCAGUUUAAAGGUGGGGUAGGCAGGAUCUGAGGAAGUGCCAGUUUUUGGGAGGAAUCUUGAAUGUAAACACGACUCCUCCCAACCAGUUUCCCCCUCAGCUCCUCCUCUCCCCCUGUCUCUGCUCCAGCAAGCCCCACCCACAAAGACACACUCCUACUCGCUUGUAUCGUUUCAAUUCAGAUUUAAUGCAGAUAAAUACUAAAUGAGGCCCAGUCAAUGUGACAGUAAAAAGCAUUACUGUAGAUGCCAACAGACACUAGCAAACACAAUGUUUUCAGAACUUUUACAAUGAGGAUAAAGUGACAUACUCCAGGACCCAAGGUAAACAGUUUAGCGGUGCUACAACACGCAGCAGGUCCCGUUUGACAAGAAACACUUCUGUUACAGACACUUGGCUUACUUUGUUAAAGCGGUUUACCUGUCCAGCAGAAAGGUUACAGGGUCUUUAAGAUCCCGAAGCGUCCCCCAUCAUUUAUGCUGAUGUUGACCCGGUUUCUUAGUUCUUGUCCGGUCUACCUCCGUUUUAAGCACCCGUUAUUCCACCAGAGUCUCCAGUAUUUGCUUCAUUUUAUUGCUUGUGCUUUCCGUACUUUCUGGUCACAACUUGAGGGAGCAGCUUCUGCCUCACAACCAAUCAAGUUGGGAGAGGCAGAGAUUGGCUUUGUUUACAGUCAGAAAGAGCGGGCCGCUCAAAAAAAUUAAAACGUUGACUACACAGACAUAACAAAGCACAGCAAUAUUGUUAUAUUACCAAAUGUCAUCAAUAACUAAUAGCUAUUGACUGAUAUUAAAAGCUUUUUUGUAUAUACACCACAAAAAAACUCCUGCCUACCCCACCUUUAAGUCCAAUUGAGCCACAAACACCGAAGAGAAAAUCAACCUCAUUAUUUAGGUAAAAGUUUGAUUCAGUGUGAUUUCAGUUGGACUACUGUUUUCACAUGUUUUUGAAAGUCCAGUUUCAAUCAGACUAAGACAAUAGAUAAUUUUUUUGAAGAACAUGUUGAUGCACUGAUUGAUAGCUAGCUAACAGCAAGCUAGCCAAGUAGACAGUAACUGGAAGGCUAGGUAAACACAAUAAAAUGAAAAGUAUUGGCCUUGAGUCAGUCAUGUUCAGGCUGGAAACAAGACUUUCUCCCCCAAAUAUUGUAGCACAUGCGCACACCUGGAUUAAACAACAGUAACUCCUGUUAAUGGCUCAAUUUAAAUAUAACUUAUCUACUCAGAAAAAGCUAAGCUAAGCAACAGUUAAACAUCUUUAGUCGUGUUCAAUCAAGAGCAUCCAUGUUAUCGCUGAGCCAACUCCAUUUUCAUAAUAGCUCAUAAUUGCCGUCUCAUUUGGGUUUGCACCUCGGAGGCUCACUGUUUGGUUGUGGCCCACCAUGUUGCCAGGAAUCCCUGCGCCUCUAGUUGAAUAAUUAUCUAAAAAACAUGUGCCCUAGUUGUGUUGGGGCUAUUUAAGUAACAGUAUGUGCUUGAAGCAGAUAAAUAUUAAAGGAAGAAGUAGGCCAAUGAAACGAGAGAGCGACCUCUCUUGUGUGUUGAAUGUGUGAUACAGCUUGUGUCUGUCAGGAGGAAUUUACUCCAUUAAGUGUCAAAGAAGCGAGCGGCAGAGUUCAAGUGAACAACGUGGAGAGUAAAACUGAUGAGGGAAGUGUUUAUGAAAAGAAAUUUAGGUUGGUUUUGAGGUAGGAAGUUUUUAACCACUUUUGCAUACACAAAGGAUUAUUUUUUGACUCAUUGGCCACAAACAGAGUUAUGCUUUGGAAGUGCUCUCGCACUUAGUGCCUCCCCAGUUUUGUUAGUGGAGGGCUGAGAGUAUCAGCCGAACAAUUGGAAGGCGGGAGCGAAGAGUCUCAUCUUGAUUACUCGCAGAUUUAUUCAUGAAAGCACUUAGUGGUCAACUUUGCAGAUGUUGUGGCUUUUAAACAGCUUUAAAGCCACAAAUGAAGUCCUGAACCCAGUAUGGUGAAUGGGUUGAAUUGAAUUACUCUCAGGGUUCAUAAUGGUUUCUGAGGCAACGUUGACGGAAAGAAAAAAGCAAAAGAUGAGCAGAGACAGAGACAUGAGAUGUUAAAGCCUAUCCUCUUGGGCUGGGAUUAGCUCCAGCUUCUAUGAUCCUUAAAGGGGCAGGAAAAACAGUCUCCUGGCGAACAGAGAGCUGGCCUGGCUUGGUCCUUGUAAACCGGGGUUACUGAAGCACGCAUAGGGCACUAUUAUUAUGGAAGAUAUAGUCAUGAUGAACUGACUGUCUUUCUCCUUGGACUUCCAUCUGCUUUAGUGAUGAAGACAUUGAAGCUUUGAGGGGCUGUUUCAGUUUAAGACUUUUGGAGGCCUUUGUUUAACGAACUUAAAGUGGACUUUUGGAGAAGCUGCUGUCCAGAGUUAGUCGUCAAAACAAACUCUCAGUUUCUUGUUGUAAUUGCCAAUGGGAUUAGCUUUUUUUUCCAACUCACUGCUGGUGUAUCAAAUCAAGGCAAAAAUUAAAACCUGCCUUUAAAGCUCCUGUGAGGAACUUUUAGCUUAGUCAAUUUUGGCGCCCUCUGUCGCAGCUUUUGCUUACCUUUGUCUUAACAAAACCAACAAACAAACAAAAAAAAAUAUCAACUGACAUCUGAAAGUCAAAUGAAUUAUUUAUUUUUAGUCGUGUAUAUUACAAAACAGGGUUGUGUCUUCUGGUAUUUUGCUGACACCUACCCCCUCACACCAGUUUCAGACAAUAAAAUAAAAAAUGUAAGUCAUAAUUGGAUGAUUUCACAAAGGGCAGGUCCAUGUUUUAUACAGUCUAAAGUCGAUUUCUGAGUUCUCUCUAACUGUUUGACUUUAUUAAACUCUUGCUUUGGGGAGUAAACUUAUCUCACUGGGAUCUUGGUUUGUUUAUUUUUAGUUUGUCCCUCCUUGUCCCAUUGGUUCCCAGUGAUGCAUGAGGUUGCUGCUCACCCCUGGCUGGCCCUCGGUCUUUGCGGGCUGCAGUCGACCCGCCUGUCUGCCAAGACAUGACCGCCAAACCUCAGUCCCAUGACCCUCCCUUCAUAGACGCUGCACCCACAGUAUGAGGAUCCCAAAACACUUUGUAUCCACGGACAACCAGGGUUUACGUGAUUCCAGCGCUCUGAAAUAUACACAUACAAACAGGGUAGAUAAGUUGUGUUACACCCAUGUGGAUUUGGGAGGAUGACAGCCUCAAACCAAAGACAAAUGGGUGGAAACGUAAAGAAAAAACAAGCUUCUUAUCUGGCUAACAUGAGCAUAUUUAUCAUUCCCUCUCUUGGCUCACUUGGACCUUUCACAACUGUGUGCAGCAGCAUGGGUUGAAUUUCAUCCUAAGCACACUAAACUCACUUUGUAGGCAAAGCUCUUUAUUGUGGCGUUAGAUUACACUUGGAUGCUGGCAUCCGCUUCCUCUCUUAAACCACCAGAAGGACCUCUAACAUGACGUACAGCAGUUGGGGUGUAAUCCAAAACCAAAUCCAAGCUUUGGAUCACACGAGUUUGCAACCAGUUACCCUUUCUUCCCUUUGUAAUCAAUAGCCAUUCAGUAUCAUCUUUCUGUGACUGUGAAGGUUUUUUUCUCCGUAUAGCUGAGAGCAGCUGUCAGAACAGAAAAUCAAACGUGUUUUUGUGCUGCACUUGACAAAGCGCUCAUAUUUCACUACGGCUUGUAAGAGUUUUGACUUUGAAAAGCUGCUAAAGUUAGAUUUGACUUUCAUCUGUCAGCUCUCUGAAGGAUCUGUUUGUGCGUGUGGAGGAUGUUUGUGUUUUUCAUGUGCAUUGACAGGUGCCAGCAGCUAAUGGUGUAAAAGAUCAGGGUGAUGGAGCCAAUGUUGCCAGAAUGGCUGGUUUUUCACCCAGUUUAUAUUUGGAAGGUGAUGAUAUUUUGGGCUAGUUUUGCAUCAUUUGGAUGGUUUCCAUCAAAGGAAACAAGGACAAACCCAAAAAGACUGGGCUUUUGUUUAAUCUGGGUGAUGUGAAUAAGAUAAAGGGACGACUAAAAUAACCAGUGACGACAGCAAGUUAUUAGUCGCUGAUUUAAACAAAUGUCAGCAUGCAACUCUCAAGAUAACCACUGGGACUAAGUAAUACAGACAAAAAAAUGCAAUCCAUAAGAUAAGCUUUUUUGUUGUACUUUCUGAAUAAAAGUAGCUCUUUCUCUCUGUUUCCAGUUUCAAUACUAAGCCAAGCUUUUGGACACCCAGACUUUACUUAAAAAUUCUUACCUCAGCACCGUACAAGAACAUUUUGAUGAUUUUAUAUCUCUUUUUAUAAAUGUAGCUGCUUUCCAGUUAAGUGCUAUUCUAAUUUAAAGCUCCUGUGAGGAACUUUUGGUAUGUUUCAGCUCCAGUGGCGCCCCUUGUGGACAGAGCACUCUCUUGCUUAUCUUGUCCACUAUCUGCCUAAACAGUGUCUCAAACAGUGCUGACUGAAUAUACGUUUGACACACAAUUGAAUGUUUGAUUUUUCUUUGUUGUUAAUGUAGAAAUUUAAAUUUUGAGCUGUUUUUGUAGCUGCACGGCUGACACCUUACCCCCCGAAAUCACUUCAGGCAUUAAAAUAACAAUAUAAAAAUCACAAGUUUUGUCACUAAUGGUUUUAUUUGCCUUUUCAUAGAAUAAAAAAAGCAUUAAUAUAAAUUUCAGUGAUUUUCAUAGAUGUCAAAAAACUCUUCAGAGGAGCUUUAAGUAUGCAGACUCUAAAAUAUUACUCCUGUAGUUAAACUUUUUGCACUACAUAGAAAAACAUUAGCAUUUAUAAGUUAGCAUGAAUAAAAAUAUGUUAAGAUUUUUUCCAAACAGGUCUUUAAAUCUGCUAAAUUCGCACCAUCCCCAAAGUUUCUUACAACUAAAGCCAACCCAUGCUUUAGCCUCUCUGACUUUUUUUCAGCUUUUAGCUUCACACAUUAAAUCAUACACUAAAUUAUUAAUGAAUCUGUGGUUUAAAUUACCUGUAACACUCAUUUUUACUUACAAUCGUGUGCCUUGAGUGGAGUUGGAAUGAUGAAGGAAGUAAAGAAUGUUUUGUUGUUCUGUGUUUGUAGGACAAAUACCUUGAACAUGAUAUGCUAAAAUUAGCUUAAGCAGUGCAGGCUCUGAUGAGUCUCUCAUCCUUCUCAGCAUGGUGCUCUGACUCUGUGCGGUGCCCUAAUUAUAACAUAAGUGCCAGGCACCUCACAAAAUCAAUAAGAGAUUCAUUAGCACUGAACCCGAGCUGAGCACUUCACCUUCUCUUCCCAUUUCCAUGAUAUCUCUCCAGAUAUCCAGAUAUCUCCAGAUAUCUGCUUAAGAAUAUACAAAUAUGCAUGAGGUUCUUUGGGUCAGAACAGGGCCUACUGUAGGGCCCCAGGAGUGUGCAUACUGUAUGUGUGAGUGAAAGGAGGGAGGGGGAAUUAGUUAGUGCUUCUCACCUCAUAAAAACCUGAGACAGGGAGAUUGAGAGAGUCGGUGUGAGGGCUUGGGGGAUUUAUGGUUCAGGAGAGAUCAGAUGACAAACCCGGCUACCUUUAGUCAAGGGCACAGCUUUAAUGUUUUGGAUUUAGAUAUCAGUGUAGAGGAGUUAUUAUAUUCUAAGUGUACAGCUUAAGUGUGCCACAGUUUAUAUUUGUUUGCCCUGAAAGUCCGGACAUUAAAAACUAAUAACAGAAACUCGCAGAUGGAAGUUUUGUGAAAGAUUUUGAUGUUUUUUUUUCUCUCCACUAAUUCGGGACACUUUUUCUUGCGCACAUGUAUUAGGAUAAAUUUUCCGUCAUUUAUCAAAGUCACUUCACACUCUGUAUUUUCAAAUGUCCAUAUUUCAUUCCCAUCCUCAUGGUUUACUCUGCAGAGGGAGAUAGCCUUUCUCCUUUUCCUGUUUCCUCCUGAUAAGCGCCUAAAAGUGGAGUACGGUGCUUCACAACACAGAUAGAGGAAGUGUGGAGGUCUCAGUGGGGCUGUGCUGUUUGGCGCCUCUUUCAUUUAGGCACAGUGGGGAGCUAUUUGGGGGAGUGAUGACAUAAGUAGAUUGUUAGAAAUAGAAGAAAUUGUCGACUGCAGUUGGACAUAUUGCUUUAUUCAUACUGAGUAGGGCUGUGUGAUAUUGAGUAGUAUUGGACCAGGAAAAACAUCUGUGUUUUUAUUUUUAAUGACAAAGAAAAAACAAAGUCAGUUUGGUAUCGAAGUAGUACACCUCCUCAUCUGGAUUAAUCCAUCAAUUAAUUAAACAGCAAUACAAUCAAAGUGAUGACAAUUCUGUUUAUUUCACUCAUCAUACUUGUAAGAAAUUUGCAGUUUUCUUUUUUAUACACUAAAGCUGUUGGCGAGGAGGCUAAAGACCUCCUUUUAGUAGGUUGACUGAAAGAUUUGUUGAGUCAGCAAAAACUCUGUUUCACGAACCAUCACAAUAUCCACUUAUUAUACCGUCUAGGGCUGGGAUGUUAUGCUUUUCUACCGAGUCGAUUAUUUUACGAUUUUUUGAAUGCCGAUUCGAUUUCGUGAUUCUACAAUAUUGUCGAUUUUCUCGAUUUUUAGUCUGCAUUUUUAACACAAGUGAAACAGUUGAAUGAUUAUGAUUAUCGACUGACUAUUCCAGAAACCAUAUUUCCUCCAAAGAUACACAUCACAUCCAAGUCAGUUUUUAAGAUUUAUUCUUAAAUUUAAAAAAAACAAAACGAUUUUUGAACAUAAAAAUUGAUUUAAAAAUUGUGAAACAAAAUAUCACGAUACUUUAUGUGAUUUGACUUUUUCUCCCACCCCUAAUACAGUCUACGGUUGUAUUGCAAUAAAACAGGUCAUUUAUGAACUUUACAAUACUCUUCGGUUUGAUGCCACACAAAUCAAAUGCAGCAUAAGACAGUAAGCUUUCGUUUAGCUCGUAGUAACUAUCAUAGGACUGGUGACGUAGAUACGCAACUUUUAACAAUACAGACAUAGGGGUUUACACAAAGGUAGCAUAAUUGCUUACCACAAACCUUAUUCAUAAGGUGUAUAAAGAUAAAUGUUGCCCGUUUCUGUCUCACUGUUGUUGUCCUGCUUUCAAACCUCAGUCAUAGAUCUUCACCCUGAGAGCAGUUUUGAUGAAAAUAGCUUAUCUGGUAUAGUUCUCUUGUUUUCUUCAAUAUUACAGAAAGAAAAGACGACACUGUUAUUUUUUCUUCAAUAACAUGCAGCCUUUGAAAAAAGCAACAACUAAAUCUGAACAGCUUGAGCAAAGCAGUUAAAAAGUUUGUUUUUUUUCCUCUCCUGUUCAUUGCCUAGCUGCUGUCUUGUGUGCCACUUCAUGUCCAAUCAAAACACCAAUUUACUCAGGUGCAGUCUUGCUGAAAGGGUUAUUAUUCUGUCUGGGAAGCCAAAUAGCACAUCAUCCUUCAAGUUAACCGUCCUGUUAAAUUUUCUCGGCAGGUUUUAGAAAAAUAUUUAAGUCACUUUUACAGUUUUGGAGGACAGGAGUUCAAGUGUUGCCCUACAGUACUCUCAUCUCUCUCAAAAAGAACUGGACUCUUCUCUCUGUCAGUCUGUUUUAUCAGGUACCUUAAGCUCUCUGGAGAUAAGGUGAAUCACUGUUUAGGUAAACACAGCAGCUCUGACCGCAAGUGAGUCGACCUUGACAAAUGGAAAAAAAUCUGCAUUGGAUAAUAGCUGUUUUCCCGCCGGAGUCAGAAUGAGAUAAAGCAGCCACUGUAGCUAUCUUUCUAUGGAACCAAAUUUGUUUCCCUGAGUCAUUUUGAUAUUCAUGGAUCAGCGGCUGCACGGUUAUGGCGCUUUCAUGAUGAGCUAUGGCGACACUGUAAUUUAUUUUUGAUGUAUUUUCAGGAACCACAGCACAUAGCUUUUUCUCCUUCACAUUUUACCCUUUCAAUUUAUUAUUUUUGUCUUUUAAUCUGUUGGACUGUACUGAAGGUCACUGAAUUAUUCAUGUUUUGCUGUUUGAUAUAACCCCGGCAAGCUUGUCUGAGCGCUGUGAUGCAUUUUCCCUUUCACUUCAACUGGGAAAUCGCAGCAGGCGGCUUUAAUUCUGUCAAUACUUUGAUUCAGCUUCUGCCAGAAUGAAAUUCAGCGACCAGAGCAAUCAGUCAUUCCUUUUCAUGUGAGUUUGUGCCAUGGAAUAUUUCAGACACUGUCCAGCGUUAGAUUGGUAUCCUCUCUUGUGUAGAUGUGAGAUUAGAGGUGACCACUGAAUCUGAAUCUGUUUUUUUUUUGUGUGUGUGUGUGUGUGAAUAUCAUGAAUAUCAUCAUGUCUUUUGCCCCAGGUCUUGCUCAACACUGUGCUACACCUUGUCAAAUUAGAGAUAGCUGACAAUGGCAAUUAGCUCUGCACAUCUUGAUAUCCCUGUAAUAGGAACCAAAGCCAAAACCCUUAGAGCUCCCCCUGCUGACUUAAGUUUAUAUAAAUUGUAAAGCCCACCAGACUGUCUUGACCACAUCUGACUUAAAGCUACAGUGAGAUUUUUUUUUUACAUGUAUGAAAUAUACUGAAAUUCACAUCAGCGCCUUUUAAUAAUGUUCAAAUCAAACAAGACCAUCUGCAACGAUUUAAGAUUUUUAUUUCUUAUUUGUUAACACGAAGCCACUGUAAGAGGGUAGGUGUCGCCCAAGCAGUUGGAGAGACAGACUUUUUUUUUUUUGGACAAUUUCUCCAUGAAAUAUUGAUAAAAAAAAAAAAUAAAAAAAAACUUUGGAUAUCAAAAACGAGCAGGAUUUGAUUCUUCACAAAAAAUCCCCACUCAGCCGUGCAGAGAACAAGAUACGCAAAGACUCCUUCGUCUGAAGGUGGUGCCAAAAUUGAUACGAAGUGAAAGUCCCUCACAGGAGCUUUAAAAUAUGUUAGACAGAAAUUCUGCUGAACACAACCAAUUUUUCUGGUCUUAUUUAGCUGAAAAUCAGCUGUAGAUGUUUGUGUAUGUGGAUUUGGCUGCAUUAAGACAGUUGUUAUGCUAAGCUAGGCAAACAAGUAACCUUUUCCUUUAAAGAAACCGUCAUGUUAGUUCCUAUUACUCACAAAAAUGAAGGGCAGUGUUUGUUUUUUUACAUUUCUCCAGUGAAAAUGUUGAAUAAAUUAGAAAUAAAAGCCUUUGCUGCAGUCACUUGUAAACCAGUACCCCAUACAAAUGCCAUGACGUUGUAGAAUUACAUCAUGUCUGCUUGUCCCUUCAGCCCAUCUCAGCAGGCAGUACAGUAUUUUUAUGAUGUUAUAUGAUGUGUUUUACAGUUUCAUAAUGGCGUUUCCUGCUGCAUUUUAACCAGAAACAUGUAUUUUGGGACCCCUGCUGAUAGUUUGUCAAAGUGAAGCUCUUCAUGGAAAAUGCAACUGAGUUAUUUUAUGCCUCUUACACUGGAAUCCAUUUCUGUAAUUCAUUGUUUCAGAGUUUUUUUGAGUCCACUGAUAGAAAUAGUUUGAUCAAGUGUUUCAGACUCAGCUGAAAACAUUCUUUAGGUUUUUACAAACGUGCUAGUAUUUAGCGUUGCCCCGAAGUUGAGGGUCAAACUGAUGGGGGUUUGCGCUUCAGCGAUGACUCUAUUCGUUCCAGUUUGAGAGUUGAGUUCAGGCAAAUGGUUUCGUUGUACCAGCCGUGUUCAACAGACCACAGAUCAGAAUGUGAAAAGAUGUUAGAUAAUUAGCAAAGAUCCCUGAAAAGAAGACAGAUUUGGUUUGGGUAGGCCUCUUCUCGAACCCUUUAUAGCCGCUGUUUCUCUCAGGCUAAAGCUGGAAUGUGACAAUCAGUCACGGCAGAAGAAAGGAGGGUCUAUUCUGGAUUGGAUACAGUCCUGUAUGGUCUGUUAGCACAGCAUACUUGGCUGUUACAAAUGCUGCAUGUGAAUCUGACCACUGGAAGCUGUCAAAGCAGAGGAAGUCUCCCUCGCUCUGCAGUUUUGUUUUUGUACAACUUAUACCGAUUCUUUACGUUCACAAAGGCUCAAAUCCUUUGCUGCAUUUUUAAUUUGUGAUCGGAUUACAAACCAAUUCCAGUGGAGUAUUAAAGUGUUUUUCUUGUCUAAUCAGAGACAGAAGGCUUUUGAGCAGAAACAGAAUGCUGCUUUGUUUCUCCAGCUGCUCCCUUGGCAGCCCGGCAGCGCUCAGAUCCUCCAUUGGCUCAGCGAUUUGUCAUCGGCAAUUAAAGUCUUCCUCAUUAUUAUCUCGGCAGCAGCAGAUCGUAAAUGAUCCGGUUUCUUUGAGGAACUCUGAGGUUUGAGCAAAAGUUUGGUCUACAUGGAAAAUGGAAAAUGUGUUAUUUCUCUUCAGUUGAAAUUCUCUUUACCUUUCCAAUCUAAAGUUAAUGAGCAUAAGUAAAUUACACAGUCAGACUAUGAUUACAAGUUAGCCCAGAAUAUCGGCGCUCCUUUCUGAGCCAUAAGCCAAUAAAUAUUCAUCUGUACCCUGUUGAGAAAAAUCCCUGCCACGUGAGGUAUUUGUCUUCACUGUUCAAGUUCCUUCAUGUUUUUAUUCAGCCGUGAAAGAGGGUCUUCCAUAAUAAUGAGGUAAGGUGUCUGGAGGUUCACGUGUUUGUGGGUCACUGUGCCAACACCUGCAGCUUUUUUGGAAGUAGGCCAGUGGAGUUGAUUGUGGAAGCAGAAGGUAGACUGAAUAAAAGAGGAAAGGGAAAAGGAGUACCUGGGCUGAAAAUAACACAUAAUUACAGGCUGGGGAAUGUGAUAGGCAUGCCUUUGAAGUUGUCAUAGAAACCUUGGCGGAGAAAUGUACAUAGGUUAACAUUAUACAAGAACAUACAGAAAGAAAAGUGCAUUGAAUGAAAUGAAAGUCACAUAAGAUGACUUUGGACCGAGACAGAAAACAGAAGAAGAAAAAAAACAUUAAAAGAGGUAAGCCCUUCAAAUAAAACAGUAUUUUGUUUUUUAUUCUUGCGUUGUAUGUACAUUUCACAAUUAAAAGGCCGUCAUCGAUACCACAGAACUGAAAUUGUGAGGUGUCCAAAAGCUCUGUUAAAGCUCAGACGAGGAGUUCUUUUUGACGUUCAUGAAAUUUAAUCCAAUUAUUUUUGUUCAGAAUUUUAAUUGUUCAUGGGAAUAAGUUGCAUUUUUAAUCGGGUAAAAGAAUUUCACUAUUUUGCAUUUCAGAACACUUGUGGAUGUCAACAAUUGUGACACAAAGCAGCUCUCACAGUGUGUUGAAUUAGGAACCAAAGUAAGGCAACAAUUACUACAAUAUGACAAUCAAUUAAUCCAUCAAUCAAUCAAAUUCUAUUCAUAUAGCGCCAAAUCACAACAGUUGUUAUCCCAAGAUGCUUUCCAAAAGAGCAGGUCUAGACCAUGCUCACUAUUUGAAGAAUUACCAAGACCCAACCUAAGAUGGGGCAGCUUUGACCAGUCACAGUGGCGAGGAAAAACUUCCUUUUAACAGGCAGAAACCUUUGAGCAGGACCUAGACUCAUGUUAGACAGCCACCUGCAGCUGCUGACACUGUUGUGGUGUAAAACCAUUGUGUAGAGAUAGGUGACAAAUUCUGUGAAACUAAGGUUGUAUCUUUCCUUUAAUGUUCUUUAAGGGCUCAGCACUGUAGCACUGUAGAAACAUGUACAAAAUGUCCCAUGUUUGCCGAUGUGGCGUGCAGUUAAAAGAGAGGAUUUUGGAUUCUUCACUGAUGUCCAGUGAUCCCUGGUUCAUGUUACAACAUCUGCACUUUUUAGGAGUUCUGCUUUAAUUGUCUCUCUUUCAUACAUUUGCCCUGUGAUGGUUGGGUAUUCUCAGUGUGCCACCUUUAAAAUUCUCAUCAUAAAUAGUGCUCUGCUUACUUCUGUGAUGCAGGCAAACUCAAUCUGAUUAGAUGCAAAUGUGUGCUUAACUUGUAGCUCAAACUUGACAUACUUGGGUGGUACUUUGAUAGUAUUAAAUUGGUGUUUGACACAAUGUUCAUAUCAGAUUUGACUUUUCAAGCGAUCCAUCCAGGAGGGUUUUUAAAGUGAAAUGUGCCUUUAAAGUACAGUUAUGUAUUUAUUUCCUUUACCGAUGUGACAACAAGGUGUGGUGGCUUAAAUUUUGGGUGCCCAAAUGGACAAAAUCUAAAACAAAAUCAAACUGAUAAAAAGAGACCAAAUAUUUAUGUCUUUCCCUCAUGAAUACAGUUGCUGUAAGUGUGAAUGAAAAAUAACCCUGUCUCCAAUAAAACAGCAACAUUUGUCAGGCACCAUUACCCCAGUUGCACACGGCUCUGAUGCAUGUUUUGUUUGGCGAAAUCCUGGAAGAGCACUUAGGCAUGUAAUCAAGAAUCACAUUUAUCACUGUGGAUGCAGGCGACUCGGCGAGGCCACCCUAAUUACCUGUCAGCUGUCAGACUCUGUAAUCAACAGUCGACACCCAAGUGGAUGCAGAGCGUUGGACGGGAUGAUUGGCUGCUCUUUGUGUUUUUGUAACAUGCCGCAGGUGAUUUUCUAGUUGGAUCCCACUGGUUGAAUGAAUGAAUGGAUGGAUGGAGGGUGUGAAAAUUGGCCACUGUUUCACUGAUAAGAGCUGGAUUUGUGCAGGAGCCAAGAAUUUUAGAAACCCCUAUAAAACUCUCAGCAUGCGUUGCUUCUGGACAUUGGCUCAUUUCAAUGUGUUUUUCCCUCAAGCACAGUACUACACUGUAUAGGCAUAUGGCAUAUUUAUUGGGUGAGAUGUUUUUAAAAUACCUAUGAAUUUCUGAUUAGGAGCCCCUGUCUUAAUGUAUAACCGAGAAACAUAACUGCAUAUAGGAGUCUUUUUCCAGAGAGCUUCCAGGUGGUCUUUUGGGUUUUUAUUGAGGUGUGAAAUUUUAAUUUGCAGUUGAAGUGAACUGUACACUCCCCUCCACAGUCCCAAGUCUUUCUUGAUUUAAUUACAUUCACACAUUUUACUUUUUAUUGAGGUUCAGCUAGGUUAUAUGGCAGGUCUGCCUGGAAAAAUGUUCCCAGAAGCUACAGCACUGCAAGGAGAAAUACGCCUUUUACGUCUGCAGCUCUACCUGAAAUUGUCAUGUCAUGUCACAACAUAAAAACCUGAAUUAACAGCGUUUUUUUAAAGUGCAAGAUUUGACCUCCCUAAAUCCCAACUUAGUCUUUUCCUCCACUGCAUCUGCCCUUGGGGAAAGUAAAGCAUUAGUUUUAUUAGCUAUUGAUUUCCAAUAGCCUUCCCUCCCACUGACGCGGAGGAUUCAUCACUGCUGUUUAUCGACACCGUCACUCAGGGGAGCGUUGUGGGGGGGCUUGGUUUCCUUUUCAGCUGAGGCGGCAGAGGUGGCAUUGUUGUCAGAUCACCUCUGUUUUGUGCGACCAGCUAAUGGGAAGUGAUCAAUCAGUGAGUUUAGAUCGUGACAAAGACUGCAGUCAGUCUGCUCAACACAGAUGAAGGGUUCAGUGAUCAGGUUCAUUAUUGUUAAACCACUUCAAUUACAGCACAGAUUUUGUCUGCAUGAGUUGACACAAAUAAUAAUUAGGUACUUUAUAGCACUGUUCAAUUAAUAUAAAAAGUGAGUUAUUAAGAUGUGGAUUGGUUUCUAACCCAGAAUUCUGUUUAUAUAAUUGCAGUAAUCAAUAUGAAAUUAACGGCUGACAUUUACAUAGAUGCAAGUGUCAGGGGCAGAGUCAGAGGAUAGUUUAGGGUGCCCCAGCCUGAGGAGUGCCCACCCCCCUAUUACCGGCACUCUGUAUCGACCAUCGGCUGACCCGCUCUCUUGAAAAACUGUAGUCGGUCCAUUCCUAGUAUGAAGCCAAUCAUAAAUACAGUUGAUUGAAUGAAAUAAGGAUAAACACAAUAUUUUUUGUCUUUCUGUUUUGCCAUCGGAGCCCAAAGAUGCUAUGCUUAGCUUAGCUUAGCUUAGCAUUCAGACAGAUAGCAGGGUGGCGGUAUAUUUAGGCAAACUCUCACUCCCUUUAAUAAUGACUUUGGCGUUUUGUAUUUCUUUUCACUUGAAAAUACAAACAUGUGAUAUUAUUUAAGCUUAUUAGUUGUUUUGAUGUGUAUUUUUUAUUCUUUUUGGGCGAUUUUGCCGUUAUAGAUAAGACAGUGUGAAAUGUGGGGAGAUGGACUCGAAUAAUGACUCGAACCCACGACCGCUGCGGGGAUGUAUGCAGUGCGCUAACCAGCUUGGCCAUCUGCCCUCAAUGGCCCUCAAUGUAUAUUUUUAAACUUUAAAACAAGCUAGUUUGCCGUUGCUAUCAGCCAUUGUAAGCUAAGCUAAUCAUCUCUUGAUCUACAUCUCUUGUUGACAUUAGACUGGGCUCAAUCUUUUCUGAAUUGUUUAAGGAAAUGAUGAAAUUCUUGGAAGUUUAAACUACUUCUUGAAUAUUUUUGUUCAUUCAUUUUAAAACUGAGGUCUAUAAGAAGAAUCAAGAUACAAGAAAAUGCUUGGAGUUGAAAUAUUAUGUUAGAGAAAAUAUAAUCAAAUUUUACUCAGACAAAAUAAACAAAAAGAAAUUAUGUCAUCUUCAGGAUACCAAAAAUACUGAUAAAAGCUGGAAUAUGAAUAUUUAAAUCUUUAUUUGAAAAUUUGUCUCUUGUGUUGAAUUGAAACAUCAUGAAUUAUGCAGUUUCUAAGUAGAUAAUUGCUGAUAUUUAGUUGGAAUAUGAUUUUUCUGAAUCUGAAUAAUACAGCAGCAUGUAAUUGAAUGAUGUGCUGUUGCUGACAGACUCUAUAGCUUUAAGGUUUGAUGAAGUGUGUGAUUUACAUUAACUUGUGGCUCACUUGCUUCUAGCUAAAUGAGUAAAAUAGCUGUGCUGGGUUUGGUUUAGGUUUUAUGACUGGAAAAGAAGGCGGUCAUCUUGGCAAUCCACAAAAGCUGAAUUAUGCCUUUUUUUCUUAGAGCUACAGUAUCUGUUGGAAACAUUUAUGAUAUUUUUAAACUUUUGAAAUCUGAGUCAGCCGUCAUUUUAAAACAAUCAAUUUACACAUUACCACUCUUUGAGUCUGUAUAAACUGCUCUACAUGCACUCAAUGGUUUGGCUUCCAGCUGCCAAACUUCACCUGCUCUCCAGUGAUGCUUUUCAGGCUGAUAUCCUGAAACCAUCCGGGCUCAUUGAAGUGCACACCAUACGCGCAUGCUAACCACAAUGAGUUGACCCUGUCUUUUUUUGGAGUUAGCUGUUCGACUAAUCAGGAAACUGACUUCACGGAGGACAUGAAAGCAAGUCCUUGGCCUGACAAAAGAGAAACAACCAGCUUCCUGUCGCUUAGUUCAGACUGUUUCAGCCUCUUUGAAGCUCAAAGCCCCCGGAAGAAAUCCGUUUCUCCUGAUUGGUUGCUUGGACAGGGUGAGGAUGUAGAGGAGGCUUUAUCUUAAUCAGGUGUGAGUUGAAUUUUGGGGCAGUCUGAUGAUGAAACUCAAACAGCUGGACUUUAAUGAUGAAGAGUAACUAUCACCAAUUAAAUCUUGAAUACUUGAGAUGCUUCUGCGCCAAAUAUUAAUGAGGGUUGGUCAGUUAAACAUCUGCAAUUGUGCAAGUUAUGAGAAUAAAUGCUCCUCCUGGUAUAUCUGUUUAAGCGUGUCUGUGCUUGGGAUGAAAUACAGAUACUUGCUUUUAAUCAGCAUUUACAGCACACUAAGUGGCCAUAUGGUUUUCAUACACUUUUAAUAAACUGUCAUGUAGUCACACAGGCAAUGAAAACUGAUGGCAUCUUUUGCAUUUGCGCUGCACAAGUAUUUUAAUUAGAAAGAGUGAAACUAUUUUUAUCCUGGAACAGAUGUCAGCCACUUUUAAACACAGCAAAAAUAAAAUGAAAAUUAAAAAAGAAAUUAAAAAGGUGUUUUUUUCUUAAAGCAAAUUGGCCUGUUUUCACUCCAAAGUCACAAACACUGUAGCUCUGGUCAGCAGCCCAGACAUGUCACUAUUGAUGCCUGUCUAGCAUCAUAUCUGGAGUGAGUGUCCUCCGGAUUAUUGGUUUAUUUUAAUCCAGUAUUAAAUUUGAGUGAUUUUGUUCAAAGAUCCUGAGUGGGUAAUGGAUGGGGCAACUAGAGGGCAAACGAACACCAGACUUUCAGCCUGGAGGCGGAUGUCAUUUCAGCUCCAUAUAUUUCAGAAGUACUGGAUGUAGUUUUGGUUCAUUUAAAAUUAAUGUAGGGUCAAACACACCGUAAAACAGAGUUGGACACCCCCCCAGAGAGAUGAAUGUUGCCGACCGCUUGCUUCUCUAGUUUUACCAACUUUAGUAAUGACCUAUAAUUACUUCAUGGAAAUGCAAUCAGACCGAGACGCGAAGGCAGAAGAACUACCACGUCUGCAGCGCAAAAUGAUGACUAAUAUGGUGAUUAUUACUUCAAGGAAAUGAUAAAGAAAUGAUCAUAAAUGUUCUUCCUUAAACUGUGUCACCCUGCAGCAGUCCGUAAUGGACUGGCCUGAGGUCUCACUACAAACAGGCGCUUACUGGAAGAGAGUGGGUGAGUUGUGUUUAGUCUCUUUGCUGAAGAAAUUAGGCAAAGCGACAGAAGCGUCUUAAAUUCUUAAUUUUGAUUGGUCUGCCUGUUGACACUGUGGCAAAACUAUAAGCUCCCACUGAAGGCUGAUGUUUUGAUUUGGGGUUGAUGACAGUGUUGUAUUCCAGUUAAUGGUGGCAGAGCUUGUGAUAUCUAACUUAUCAAUGUCUACAAAGUAACUCUAACUUUUGACAGAAGUGACAGCAGCAGCUUCAGGAUUAUGAGGAUCUCAGUUCCAGUCAGGAUUCUGAUUUUCAUAACCACCCGCUCACUACGUCCCUUUAAUGGUGUUUUCUAAUCCUUGUUUUAAAAGUCAUCAGAAGUUAUUUGUGUGGCCUUUCCAUUCAGCCUGAGUUCUGUUUCUUAUUUUUUUGCACCCUCGGGGGAUAAUGCUGGAAGCUGCAGGAUGGGCUAUUUUUAAUCAAUGAAAAGAUAGAUCCAGUGAACCGGGGAGGAGAGAAGAAAAAUGUAGGUUGGUGCCUUGAAUACAAAGUGAGUUUAAUCCUUUGUGUCUGAGGUUUAAUUUCAGAGAUACAUCAAAAAAGGAUGAAAUACGUCCAGUUUUCCCUUCAUUUUCUUCACGUUUCACGUCAGCGUUGCAGUUUAUCACCAUUCACAUGCUCCAAAUGAUGGAAAGAAACAAAUAAUUGCUUUUCAAAAUCUGCCAAUGAAUGUCAGAUUUCUCACUAGGAGAGGGAAGAGCCUCUGCAUGCCCAGUCAUAAAUCUUUUCACAACUAGGCCACUGGCGCUGUGACAGAAUUUUUAUGAAUGCUAUCUGGACAUUUAUGCAUUUUCCCUCCUGCCCCGUAAUCGGGCCAGCUUGGCGUGGGACGGAGUGUGGGAAAGUCUCGGUGCCACUUCUGGUUGGGGGUAUUGUUCUGCCAAUGGUGUGACUGACGUGGGAUAUUUGAACACACCCUUUCGGCAUACUUCCUGAGCUUUCAGUUUCCAGAUACACAAACUAAACAGACAGAAAUAGUUGAUAAAAAAAGGGGAAAUAUUGUAUUAGCAUCCUGGAGUAUUGUCCUUCUUUCCAUUACAGCUUCUCCACACUGGCUGUAGAAAUAUCCAUAUUCAGGCAGUGAGCACAAAUGAAAUCCUGAAGCUGGAGUCCUGCCUUCCUCUACCUUUACAUCUCCCUCUUUCAUCUUCAUCACUAUCCCCUCCCUCAUUUGCCUCCCCUCAUGCUGUGGCCACAUACUGGCAGGAUUAUAGCAGCUGAUAAUCAGCCAAUGAAUGAAUCACUCAGGCCCGGGCAGCCAGCGUAAUGGCUUCACGCAUGAUCAUUCAACCUUGCGCUGUGAUGGAUGGGUAGGCACCUAGCUUUAAAAAAUUGAGGAUUAAACAAGAGAACGGAUUACAUCCACGUGUUUGGUCGCCUCAUGUGGUGCGGCACAAUACCUGUGCCCGGCUGGAGUGACCAUUGAGGUGAAAUUUAUGGGAUUUUUAUCCUUUAACAGCUGUGGCGUUUGCUGGGAACAAAGCCAGCAAAAGUGUGCUCGAGCCAAGUUUUCACACUGUUUCAUACAGAUCACAUAUGGUGGCACUGGACAUUUGCAGUUAAAGCAUGGAGCCACAAACGCACAAGUAAGUUUUAAUCAGAUUACCUAUUGACCUCUGACCUCUGUGCAUGUCUAAGAAACUCUGUGCAUUCUAUGAUCUCUUCCUAAUCCUGUUAGUAUUGGAUUAACACCAAGGUGAUCCAGACCCUGACAUCCACCCACACAUGCACUACCUCCACCUCUCUAUCAUACAGAGCCUGUUAUUCCACUUUUAAAGCAAGAGUGACAGAAUUUAAUGACUAUGAGAUCAGUAAGGGGAGGCAAUGAGAGCCUUGUUUUUGUACGCCCCUGGUUAAGAGGCAUGAAUACUUCAUGUUUGAAUCAAUAUGUUGGAAUACUAGACUUAACCAGGACGAAUCAGUGAGAGCAUUAUUGGCUUCAGUUUAUGGAUGGGGAGGUCAAAAUUAGGAAGAAUAUGGACAUCGAAAAUGAUUGUUGGACACAGAAAAUGAUUGUAAACGCAUUGGAAAAAUCAAUAUUGAUUAUGUCAAAAUCGAGCAAAGUCACUAAAUUAAGCACAGUCAAUUCAAGACCAACAUUCAUGGGAUCAGAAAAAUUGAAAAAUGAGUUCCUGAGUGGAAUGAUUCGCUUGAAGGUCCAAGAUAAAUCAAAAGUGGAAAUGUGUGUCUUCAUAAAUGAAACUGCUCUGGCUCAUUGGGAUUAUUUUACUUGGUAAUUUGGUAAAGUGUUGCAAUAGUAAGUUUGUUUUCAAUUUAGAGUACAGCUAACAGUAACUUUUAACAACUUGUUAGCUUGUAUAACCAUUUCAUACUGAUACAAAACUCACAAAAAGGCAUAAAUUCUCACUAAUAUGGGCCAAAAGUAGACCAGGAUAUUGGCUUUCCAAUUCAGGGUGCUUGAGCAACAACCUAGUUUGCGAAAAGCUAGAUAAAACAAAAUUUUAUCUGCCAAGGUAGCCAAAGAAAUAUUUUGUAAAUGGUGACUUUUUUCAACAGAGCAAAAAUUUAUGAAGUGUUUACCAGUUUUUGGACCAUUUUCUAUUUCUGAUCUAUUACACUGUGUUUACUACGUGUAGAACGAUAAAAGCUACUUCUUUUCCACUCAUUGUAAAGCCAAAAAACUGCCCCCAUGUGCACUGACAAAGUAAGCUGGUGCAACUCUAUCAUGUGCAGAGGGUAUGAGGCAGUGUGUUCGAUAUGACGUCAAACCUGCUUACUAACCUGAACCCAGUUAAAACUUAGCAGUUAUGGAAUGUCUGAUGACCUCUUCUCCUGCUGGCUCAGAAUGCAAAUAAGAAAUUCAAACCAAUCUUACUUGAAGAAUGAGCACUAGGACAUUAAUCUGCAUUAUAUAACAAACUACUGUAUAAAGACAGAAACCAUAUCUGAGGAAAAUGUUAUUGAAGUGUACUUUAAUUUUAUAGGAUGGCUGUUCUGCCAUCUGCUCGCAUUAAGAAAGCGGGGUUUAUGAUCUUUACUGCAGACAUCCACAAAGAAUUGCUCUUUAUCUUUUGCCUCAAGCCAGACGGUUACUUAUUGCGCCCAUUUCUUAUACUUCGUGUUUUUUUAAAGUUUAAGGCAGCAGAAAUAGUUAAGGGGGAUGAUGUGGAUUAUUAAGCUCACCAAACCAGCCACUCAGCUGACGUUGCAAACUGCUGUAGUUCAGGCCAUUUUUUUACUUUUGUCCUCUAAAAGUCCUCAGUAACUAUUAACUGGUUUCUCAUUACCUUUGCAGAACAAAACAGCCUCGCAAACACAUGUUUCUCCAGACCUAUUUCGCAUGUUGACAAAGGUGCAGCUCUGUAAUCGCAGGCUCCACCUUGGCCCCUGUGCAGCGGUGAUAUGGAUUUGUUUUGUCCCUUUUGUACGGACAUCUUUCCCUGUCAUACAGUCUUAAUCAUCUGCGUUUCUGUGUCUCUCUGACAAUGGUGGCAGCAUCCGUGGCGUGUUUACUUGAGCUGAGCGCCUGCCUCAAGAUUAGCCGUGUGUGAAUAGGCCUGUCUGCUGCGGCGCUCUGCCUUUAAGCUUAAUUAGCACUCAGAUUGCUCAGUCAGGAGAUGGAAAUUUAAUAGAUUUCAGCCAGACGAGGGGUAUUGAAAUGGCUUAGUACUAAAGCAGAGGAGUUUUGAUGAGUUUUUAUGGGAGAAUAAAAAGAUAAAAAAGAUAAAAGAAAUGAAGGGAGUAAAAAAAGAGAGAUUCAAUGGUCCCUUAAAAAUAAAGCAAGAGCAAAGACUGGGCUAAUAUGAGGAGUGGGCAGAUUAAUUAUGUUUUCCAUAAUUACCAAAAAGUGCAUAUAUCCAUGACAUUACAUCCAGGCCAGGCAGGUGUCCAUUAGUGCGGCUGUUUUCGUGAUCUUUGGCUAAUUCAUCUCAUUAAAGCCGUCAGGGAGCGGGAGGAUGCUCUCUGCUACUUAAAGGUUGUAAUUCAGCUGCUCUUGAUUAUGUUAAGUGCUGGUAGUUAAGACUGCAGAUGUUUAUUACAGUGAAGUGGGCUGGACCGCAACCCAAAUAUUUAUAACAGACUCCAGUGCGAUGCAGUUAAUGUUGAUGCUCUUUAAGUAAAACACACACAAAUGUUUAGACUAAAAGUUUGUCCAAUUAGUCCACAGAGAGUUGGGGAGAUUUAUGUACUGUGGUCUCGCUCUGUGUUUGUCUGUAAACUUGUUGUCUGAAAUCUGUAAACUGAACUUUAAAAAGAUGCUGUUGAGAAAACAACUCUUGAGGGGAUACAGAUUGUGACUCAAGAGAUCCCUCUUUGGCCCUGUCUCCCUCUUAGAGAGGUGUCUCAGGGCAGUGAUCAGGGCUAGAGAGACUGAAACAGGAAGAGUAUGGCUAUGGUUUUGCUUUCUGAUUUGUACUACUAUAGAGGCAGCUGAAUGUGUGCAGUGCUUAAGCUGGCAAAUUUCCCUGCCGGAACAAUGAGGUUUAUUCUAUUGUGUUGUAUAGUAAAUUAUUGUAUUGUAUUUUACUGUUUUAUCAUAUUUACUGUGUCAUAAUGUUGUAUUGUAUCGUGCUAUACUGUAUCCCAUCAAGUCAUAUUGAGUUCAUUAAUGUUCAGUUUGUAUCAACUCCAAUAUAGAACUAUAUAAUAUGAUACAAAAUGUAAUAUAAUAUAACAGGUUCUGCUAUGAUAUACCAUGAUACAUUAUUGUAUAAUUCAAUAUACAGUAUAUUCUACAAUACAGUUCAGUGAAGUAUGAGGGAUUCUGAUUCUGCUGACAAUAUGAUACCAAACAAUACAGUUGGUUAUAUAAGGAUAUGUGUUAAAAUAAUAUAUGGUAAAUAAAAUAGAACAGAAUAAGAUAUAUGAUUCACUACAAUACGAUAAGAUACUAUAGGACUAUAUUCAAUACAAUAUGAUACAAUCCCAUACAAUACUAUACAAAACCAUGAAAUACGCUACAACACUUACACACAAUGUGAUAUACUACUAUGUGAUGCAGUACGAUGAUAUAAAAUAUGAUACAACAUAAUACGAUACUAUACUUUUUGAGACAGGAUGAUAUGAUACGAUACGACCAUAGACUGUAUAUACUAUGGACAACUUGGUUCCGCCUUCCGCCAGUAUACAGAUUUGAAGUUGAAAAAGCUAUCGGUAUGAUUUUUCUCAAUUUCCUGAAACCAAUAUUACACACUCCAUCACUUGCGCAGAAGCAUUGCGCGCAUUCAGUGGGAGAGUCCUGAGAGUCGCUGUGAAGACGCUCGGCUCAAACAGCGUAUCCCCGGGUGAGGUACGCAAUUUUCGUACGCCGAUAGGCUGUAUCAAGUGUCAAUCAUAUAAAACAUGAACCCCUUAAUAACUUUGAAAAACGGAGCUGCACAGAAAAAAGAGGAGUUGAGCACAAACCAGUCUUACAGUAACUACAUGUCACCCAGCGAGGAGGCAGACGGCGUCCAUUCUAUAUACAGUCUAUGGAUACAACUCAACACAGUAUGAUAAAAUACAAUAUGAUAUUCAAUACAAUACUUAUCAAUAUGAUACUCUACAAUGUGAUACAAAACAAUACAAUACACUAUAGUAAUGUAUGAUAUGAUACAAUACUAUAAGAUACAAUAGGAAAUGAUACAAUACAAUACAACAUGAUUUCAUGGUAUAAUGGGAUUUGAUAAAACACAUUGUGAUGUGAUACAAAACCAUUGCGAACACAAUAUAUAAUAAGUAAAUGCAAUAAAUCCAACAUGCAGGCGAAUAAAAGCAUGCAUUCACUAACUGUACUUGGCGGUACAGAUGGAGUAACUCUGAACCUAGGCAGAUGAGAGUUGGUAAUUCAAAGAGAAAUUCAGAAAUUCAGUUUUAUAGAAAAGAAAGAUGGAAAUACUAGCAAACUGCAAUUACUGUAAAAGAAAGAUGUUUUUUUUUCAAACAAAUUAAAUGUGGCCAUAAAAUUUUGUUUGUACAUGAAGAAACUCCAGGGUGCCUUUUAUUCUGCUUUGAGGAGGGCUUAGCAGAUAAUCAGUUAACUCCAUAAACUGACAGUGUUUUGACAGAUCUGGGUGGGCAAACUCUUUUUAUAGCUCACACAAUAGAUACAACAUCUGGCAGCUAAUUCUGCCCCUCCUUAGAAGUAUUUUUGGACGAUGCAAAAAUUUCCAUUACUGGCCUGUUGUACUGUUCUCCACUUCCUUGGCAGUGUAAAUACACUCAAAAGAUAAUAACAAUAAUAAGAAAAUACACUUAAAAUGAUAUUUAUAUGGUAAUCUGUGCACUGAAAAUGUCAGACAGUCACUCAUACUUUGCAUAUUCAAUGUAUACUUAACAACUGUGCCCAGGAAGAGGCCAAUCGUCUGCCUUUUUAGUCAGGCACAGCAAAUGAAAGUGCAAAUCAGUGGUGGUGAGAUCACUGUUUGGAAGGUGGUGGAGUGCUGCAUUUGCAUAUUGAAAAGACACAAACCCAAACAGUGAAAGACAGCCAAUUUUCUUUUCUCUAAGAGCAGUGGACAGGUGAAAGAAGACCUUACCCUUUUACAGGAGAACCCACCUAAUGUGUCCUUUCAGAACCACCCCCCAAUAUCACCUCCCCUUCCCCAUAAAAAAAAAGAAACUGAAAAGAACCAAACCCGUCCUGUACUUUGAGGAUUGUGAAUAGAGUCCCCCGCUGCCUGCCUGCCUGCCCCACAUACGGCGGCUGAAUACAAAAGACCCCCCUUCUGUAAGAGCAAUCACUACAGGAGAGCACUGUAUCUGCGGGGUUGCAGCGACAGGUCUCAAUGAAGCCAUCAACACUGGGUCUGCUGCUGUCACGCAUGUGCACAAACACAAAAAGACACACCUUUACAUGUUUAUUCCUUUUCCUUCACAGGCCGAAUCACGCACACGGUUUUUUCAUUCGACCUGCUCCCAAACCCUCAUCCCUAAUGCAUUCUUUUCAUCCGCCAGUGCCGGGCUGGAGCAGGGAGGGAGAUGAGUGGUUGGCGCUGAUUUGAAUAUUUAAAUUAUUUAUCACCAGAGAGUAUUGAGAUGCAAGCUAUGCUGAGGGACCCAAGGGAGCCGGGUGAGGGUGAAUUCAGCCAUGUUUGGAUUUGAUAGUGAGCUUUUGUUGCCUGAAGGGGCAUAAAAGUCGAAAACACGUGACCAGAGCUGGAGUUUUUGGAGGGAUCUUUAAUGAGAACUUCACAGAAUCAGUCACAAGCAGUAAUGUGAGAAAUUUGCAUCCUCUGGAGACUUUAAUAUCAUUUAAAGACACAAUAAAACUUACAUUUCCCAUAAUCAUCUCACUUUAAUUUUCACUGCUCUUACUAUUGCAGCAUCCAGGGACUGUAAAGAGUUUUAUAAAUAUUGGCUCACUAGGAAGUAAUCUGAGUGAUGUAAUGUGCCGGCUCCUGAGAUAUAUCGGACGAGAGAGAGUUCCAUGUCGGCUUGUUGGACUAAGAGCCUGAGAAACUUACACUUGCCUUUCCCCGACGGAGAACAAUCCUGGGAAAUAGAGGAAUUCACUGUAGCUCACGCGAUGACAGGGCUGCAGGCUGGAAGGAAAAAACAAUUAAAGUAGGAUUAAGGCAUUAAACAGUUCUCGCCUCAACGCCAGAUUUAAUGUACUUUUUUUUCUAUUUUUUACCUCAUUUUUGGGCUUUCCUCUUUACAUUGCUCAGCUACAGUACAGACGAGCAGCCCUGUUUUCCUCUUUCUUUCUUCCUCCUCCCUCUUCUUUAUGCGCUCAGCACAAUGUUACAAUCUCCAGACAAAGGAAGUCCUCCACUGGCCCCCUGUCGCUGUCCUUUUCCCUCGUGGGUAUGCGAUGAAAAAACACAGAAACAAGGCCUCACCAGAAACAAUCCUUGAAAAAUAGGAUUUCCAUUGAGUUAGAAUAAUUUGAUAUUAGAAAGUAAAUUUUUAUGUUGCUCACAGAAUACAUGUUCUUUUUUUACCACAAUGCAAAAAUGUAAUAACUGGAGUUCAAAGUGGUGUUAUGUGUUCUCCAAGAGAAAAACAGAUUUAGGACUUGAUUCUGAUUGACCUUGAAAAAGGCCCAUAGAAAUGUAACUGUUUUAUGUACUGGUGGAAAAACUAAAACAUUCUUCAUUAAAUUUCAAUAAUGACAAAGAAAAUCAGCCAAUAUUGAACAUUUGAGAAGCUGAGACAAGCGUUGGCUAUUUUUGCUCGAAAAUGACAGAAACAAAAAAUCAAUUAACAUAACCUGUGAUUAAUGUCUUUGUUGGUAUUCUAUCUUAUUCUACAUAAACAAUAGCAGAAAUGUUUGUGUAACUAUUUGUCCUUUUGUCCUUUUUGGCAAAAAAGACAACACCCUUUAUAAUAAAAUGCUGGAUCCCACAGUCAGUCAUCUACCUACCACUUAGCUUUAGUUAAGUUGAGCUAUGGCUAAAGCUUGAGUAGGGGAUUUUACUUUGCUGUCCCAGUGUACAAGCAAUUGUCAAGAAUAAAGAUAUUGACAAGUGUAUGUCUGCCGUUGCUACAGGAGAAGGUGAUAUGCCUUCUUUCAGCUUCAGUCAACCUAUUACAUCAUGUACCAAAACAAUCAACAAACACAUUGGCAAGAGGCUAACUGGUUGCAAGUCAAACAAUGAAAUUCCAGUUUUAGUCGGACUGACAAAAUAAGUGGGUUCUCUUGAACAACAUGUACAAAACUGUAAAAGUAACUCAUUAGAAAGAAAGUCUUGACUGGAAGUCUCGUCAUGGUUUAGCGUUGUCUAAUGGAUUCUGCAACUGUGGACCUGCAGAGGGAUUAGACUCUUUACCAUCGCAGCUCCAAACUGAGUGUGAAAACUGAACUUGCGGUAGAACCUCAAUGACUGGAAAGACUGGUUCCUCCUCAGCACCUCUUCUCAGUUGUUUCAAUCUUGUUAGUUUCCCCUGUGCCACCUGCUUCCAGCACACUGCCAACAGUCGGGAAAACAAAAUUAACCAUAAGAUAUUUUUAUCUGUGCCGGCUUUAUCAUUGAUCAAAGUAAAGUUUUUUUGUAUAAAUCCUUGUCUUGUGGGGGGGGGGUUCUCCCUCUCUGCUCCGAGCUGUUGUAGCUGCCAGCCAUUCAUCACUCUUAAUCCCUGUGGCGAGCCUCAUUUGUUGCAGACUGUGAGUGUACACGAAUGCAGCUCGUGUCCUCGGUAAUGAUCCGCUAAUUAUGAGAAUCCACAGCAGCCUCGGGGGUGUGAAACUACACCUGUCCUCUGCUUUCUGUGUGUGUGUGUGAGUGUGUGUUUGUGUGUGUGUGUGCAGAUAGCAGGCAUAUGUGCAUGCUGAGAGUGCGUAGGAGGGAGGGAAGAACAAUACACAAAUACCUGUAUAAUUAGUCACUCACUCUGUCACCAGGUUAUUAUAUUUUCUCUCCAUAUUGCAUUUGUCUUAUACAUUUUAUUUAUGAGUUACUCAACAGACAUCUGGUGAACAUAUUGUUCCAAAUCAGGUUUACAUGUAGAAUUUAAGUUUUGUUUUUCAUGCUUAGAUCUGCAACUUUUUUUGGGUUGGGGGGUCUUCAGGAAAGUUUUUAGAAGUUUUCUUUUAGCUGUUAAAGGUCCUAUAAAGAGUAUUUUUACAUUUGUGAAACACACUGAAAUCCAUACUAUUGUCUUUUCAUGAUCCUAAAAGGCGAAAAGACUAUCAGCAACAGGAUUGAAGAAUUUUAUAUUUUAUUUAUUAUAGCUAACUUUUCAUUUUACAUUCAUAAAAAUGAUACAUUUGUUUUUUUUUUCUUUAAAUUUUUAUUUAAUUGGUGAUGUUUCAACUUUAGUCUCAUAGAACAUAAUGAAAAUCAAUCUUCUUCCUCUUAUGUCAUUUCCUCAUCCCUAGCCCUCUUAUCUUCAUAAUUUACAUCUGAGAAGAAAAGAUAUGAACGUAAAACUCUGAGUCAACCUUCCUUGUUUCUGCAAGUUGUGUAAAAAUAUGACUUUGUGCAAACAGCUCAGUCUAAAUGUGUAUGUGUCGUGUCCAUAGACUGUAUAUAGAAUGGACAGAGUCUGCCUCCUCGCUGGGUGAAGCCACUCCGAGAACAGCACCCUCUGGUGACAGGCUGCAGUAUAAGUCAUAAAUCCCGCCUCUGCCAGAAAAGCUUAUACAGCUGUGGACAAACUUAUAAAAAUUUAUUACACGAUGUUGACUUGUAGUUACUGUAAGACUGGUUUGUGUUCAAGUCCUUUUUUUUCUGUGCAGCUCCAUUUUUAAAAGUUAUUAGGGGGUUCAUGUUUUCUAUGAUUGACAAUUGAUACAGCCUAUGGGCGUACGAAGAUUGCGUAGCUCAGCCAAGGGAUACGUUGUUUGAGCCGAACGUCAUCACAGCGACUCUCGGCGACUCUCCCGUCCAAUGCGCACAACGCUUCUGCGCAAUGUUGGUUUCAGGAAAUGGAGAGAAAAUGCAGAAUUACCGAGAGCUUUUUGACUUGAUAUCCGUAUACUGGCGAAAGGCGGAACCAAGUUGUCGAUAGUAUAAACAGUCCAUGGUUGUGUCAUUAACACUUCUCCCUGGUGGCCAAAAAUGCUACUGCAUGUAUAAAAAAUAUAAAUGAAAAUACAAAUGAAUCAAGCUUCUCAUCAUGUUUCAUUUCAAACCUCUUCUGACUGGACUAAUAAAUAUUCUUUUUUUUCUUAUAGUCGAGCCAUCAAGACAAACCAGGACCUCCUCCCUGAGACUCCGUGGACAAACAUCCUUUACGAUGACUUCUGGGGCACCCUGCUCACCCACAGCGGCAGCCACAAGUCUUUCCGCCCGCUCUGCACCCUCUCCUUCCGCCUCAACUACACCCUUCACGGCCUGCGUCCCUGGGGCUACCACCUGCUGAACGUCAUCCUUCAUGCCCUCGUCACCACCCUCUUCACCACCUUCAGUCGCCCCCUGCUGGGCGGAGGACUCUGGAGUCUGCUCGCCGGUCUUCUUUUUGCAUCGCACCCAAUUCACACUGAAGCAGUUGCGGGCGUGGUGGGACGGGCAGAUGUGGGCGCCUCGUUGUUUUUCUUGCUGUCUCUUCUCUGCUUUAUGAGACACUGCGGACUUCGUAAGGAACUACGAGGACGGGGGGUCCAGAGUAGGAAAUGUAGCGGUUACUCUGUCACCCUCUGCUGGACCUGGAUGCUCGGCAGUCUUUGGUGUGCAGCAGCCAGCAUGCUCUGGAAGGAGCAAGGCGUGACUGUGCUGGCUGUGUCGGCUGUAUACGACCUUUUCGUGUUCCAGAGACUCCGGUUUCGCCAAGCGCUUCUCCUCCUGCUCGGGAAGGUAAAGAAAUACACGCAAAGAAAAAAAGAAUUGCGGUGUUGUGCUCUCUUGCUUUUAAUUUGGCUUUUCUACAUCUCCUGCCUCUCUUCCUUCCCUCUGAGGCGAACCUCCUCCCGCCAGCUGUUAACAGUUCCUGUGCGGUGGAUUUAGUUUUCUCUGUGUGCAAAGUGUGUGUUUGCUUUUCAUUAGGAGUGUAAUUAGGAAAGCUGUUCUGCAGCGUGGUGCACGAAAACCACGCUACUCUCAUUUGUCUUCUGUUUAACAGGAAGAAACAUUAUGCACAGGGGAAGUUUUCCGCUUCCUCGCAACUUUAUUUUGCUGCGGUAAAUAGAUGCACAUUAAUGCGAGGAAAUUUAGAUUAGGAUCUCGGCCUCAUUAUGUGUGUGGCAGUUGCGCAAGACGAGCUAUUUUUGGGUCGAGUUGUUCUUGUUUUCUUUUCUUUUUUUAAUCUGAAGUGACAAAAGGUAUGUGCAAGAAUAACAACAACACAUCCUGGUAAAAGAUUUGGUCCAUUUGUCCAGAAAUGUGUCUCAACACUCACACAUACACACACACGUGCACUGCUUCCUUGACGCAGUGAGUCAUCAGAUUAUAGGAAUUUUGUUCGACAAGGAGACCUCUUCAACAUUUGAUCAGAGAAACUGCUCCUUGGCCGACACGAUGGUUCUCAUAAAAAGCAUAAGUAGCGUGAUAAAAAGUCCCCUUGGAGAUGAGUGAGCAAGGGCAGCCCAGCUCUUAAUGGAGUGUGUGUUUGUGCGUGCAUUUAAAGGGGCUUCUUCAUGGGGAAAACAUCUAUAAAUACCUCUGUUUGUUGCAGUGUAACCUUGUGUACCACAUAUACUAUGGAACUCUCUGUCGUAUACAAACUCCAUCCUAUUACAAACUCCAUCCAUGACUGUCCCAUUUGCACAGCCUCUGUCCGGAGGAAAACAUGCUUUACUGCUGAGUUUGUGAAGCUUUACCGUUCCUGUGGGGCCUCUUCUCCAGUAAUAAUUUCUGGCAGGAUGAUAACCCCUCGACUGUUAUUCGAGGGCCUGCGGUGAGCGGCCCACAGAGAUCACAGAGGGGCAGGAACACCGAGUUAUGAUGUUUUUCCUCCCCUUUGCUUGGCAGGGGUGAUGUGUAUGUGUGUGUGAGCUUCCCUUACUACUAAACCAUAAACAGAUGCUAAACAACACCUGUCUAUCACAUUGCAGCCAGUCAUGUGUUGAAGCUGCAAAAGUAUGUCAGGAACUCUGGCUGCGGCCUGUUUUUCAGGUGAUGUAGCGUACGAAUGUAGAGCCAAGAAACCGAGAGAAAAAUAAGACGAUUUUAUCCAGGAUAUCAAAUGACUAAUCCAAUUUCUGACUACUUUUUUGUCUUUAUUGCUUCAAGAUUUAAAAAAUAUGGUUUUAUUAGAAAUACUUUAAGCUGUAUCUGGUUUAGAUAUUUUACACUGCUUAGAAAUAGGAUUCAGACUCUGUGAUCUAUAUGGUGGCAUAAACCAGAUGAAACAUUUUUAUAUUACAUGUUCAGGAUGGGACAACUAUGCCUCUUUUAAGCCUCAUGUUCAAAGCAUUAAAGUGGUGAAGUGAAGUCAAACUGCCAUGAUGCCAUAAGGUUUUACUGUAACAGAGGUGAAGCAGUUUCACGAAACGUAAGCGCUGGCAGAGCAGAGCUGUGCUUUUCGUCGGGGUGGGAGAAAAAAAUCGAUACAGCAUAGUAAUGCAAUAUUUUGUUUGGUGAUAUAUCGUAAUGUCUUAUUUACCAAGUUUCAAUUUUUCAACUAAUUGCUAGUAUGAAGUCAAAUCUAUGAUAAUGGAAAAACAACAUCAACUGUUUGUCCAGUGAGGUUGGCAGAGGUGACAUCAGGAGAAAGUUAGCGCAACAAAUAUAUAAAAGGUUUGCAAGACGUGCGACAUGAAAAUAAAAUACAGCGUAAACAAGACAAACAUAAAGGAAAGACAAAUGCUAAAUUAGCUUAACAGUUGGAAAAAUUAUAUGAAUCGCAAUAUAUUGUAUCGCAAUACUCACUGUCUUGCAAAAUGUUAAAAAUCAUAAUAAUAUCGUAUCGUAGAGCCACUAAAGAUUCCCACCCCGAGCUUUUCGUGUGUAUUUUGGAGUCUUAUGCUGUUAGUUAACAUGUUUGGCCUCCUAUUCAUGAUUUGUAAUAAAGAGGAAAACUCCACAUCAUUUUAACAAUGAUGUAAGGUUCGAUAUAGGGCCCGACCGAUUUAUCAGCGAGCCGAUUUAAAAAAUUAAAAACUUUAUAAAAAAUUUAAAAAUUGGCCGAUUAAUCAGUAAUCUAAUUUUUUUCCCCCCUAAUAAUCGGUAUCGGUUGGGCCCUAGUUCGAUAUAAGUAAGAAGGUGGUCUGUGUCAUUUACAAAACUAGGGUCAUAAAACACUUUGAUGUGGCGGUUACACCAACAAACAAGCUGCAAUCUUUUAUGCUGAAAUCAUGUUUUCUGAGGAUGUCUUUUUAAUCGUCUUUUUGGAUCAUAUGGUAGUAUUUGUUUUUCUUAUUUUCCUGGCCCUUUACCAAUGAUAUGAGUAUUUGAGUGAAAAAUAGCCAAGUAAGAAAAUCUGAUUAAAAUAGUUCUGCAGACAGUUGAUGAGAAAAAAUAACCACGGUUUGAUACGUUUUCCAACUAUAAAUUAGUUUAAAGCCAUCUCACCAUUUUUCCAGGCUUCUGAAACAAUGUAGGAAAAUUUGUCUGCUCACAAAAAUAUUUUGGGUUUUUCCUGAACAAUUUCAUGGCAAAUUGACCCUGUAAAGUCAUCAUAUUGUGCCGAGUACACAAAGAAAUUGGACUCAUUUUCCACUUCUCAGUGAAUCCGUUUUCCAGCUUUUAUUUUUGAACCCGCCACUUCAUCGUCAGCGAGCGCUGUGUGUUGAAAGGUCUUUGGCGAACUGAUAUGGAAGAUGCUGAAUCUGAUUCUGGCUCUUUUCAGCUUUUAAAUUGGUUGUAUGGAUGUAUGGCAUUUAUCUUUGAAAACCUUUGAUUACUGCUGAAAAGUUGGAAUUGAGCUUUCUUUGUGAUAUUUUUCUCAGCAAUGAUUGCAUAGUUUGUGUUUGUGCAAACUCAAAAAGUAAGUCCUGAGUGUUUGAAUCAUCGAUCUCUCUGAAAACGCUGAGAUAAUUUUGAAAUUCUCUUAUUUAGAGACGUUUUCAAACCUUUGCUGAGAGCAGUAUCUUUUGGCACUGUGUCUGUUGUUGUGUAGAAUCAAAAAUAACAGAAACAGAAGAUUUGAAAUGAAAGAAACAGAGAACAACUUGUUCCUUUCUGUUGCAUUAUGCUGUGAAAGAUUUCAUCACCCUCGCUGCUUGUCAUUAUGAAAAAUCACCCUUGCCUGGGCAUUUAUCACACAGAGCAGGGAUAUCACCAGCAGCCUCCACCUCUCUGCCCAGACACAAUAGCCCCAUGCCAGCCCAACAUGUCCCGGUGCCAAACCCCCCCCUUUCUCUGCCGCCAGCACAUCUGGCUCAUUUAUCACUCUGCCUCUGCCCUCAUCUGCCGGCCCAGUCAUGGUUAUCUUGGCAGGGAGCUCGUUACGAAGCGGGGCCAGCCGCAGGGGCAAUCACUUCCUUGAUUAGGAGCCAGGCGUCUGAGGACGUAUGGGAACACAAAAGAGAGAAUAAGCACAAGAGAGGGGAACUAUGCUCUCACUUUUUGUUCUUAUCUCAUUUGGGUCUUUGUCACCUACACAGGCUUUUGAGCACUUUGGAAAGAGAGGACUCUGCUUCUGUUGCGUCUUGUUCAGGUGACAGAAAUAAAUGGGAGAUAAAGCAGCUUUUUCUGUUAAUUAACAAGCCACAGUAGUUCCACUCCAGAUGCGUGUCACCUGUCACAACAAUAACAUGUCCCUUAUCUUAGUAUAUAUAUAGAGCUCUGUGUCUUUUUGAAGACUUUAUAUCCAGUCCAAAGUAAUAAACUUAAUGUCUGCUGAGGUUAUUUAUCCAUUCGUCAAAAAACAUUUCAGUACAUUUGAAGCGGGGAUGUACAACUAACAUAUCAUCAUUAAGUGUAUUAGCUUCUAUAACGUCUGGUUAGCUUUGAUAAAAAACUACUGAAGCUAAUUUAGAGUAGCUCUGAGCCAACGCUCAUCUUAGUAUAGAAAUUUUCAGCUUUUCUGCCUUUUGAAAGUUAAUUUUUGCACUAUUUGCAGACCCAAUACAGUCAUGAUUCUUCACCUGUGGUACUUUUGGCCAUACAGGUCCUUGAAGUGGGAGUCAUUGAUAAAUGUUGAUGUUUUAACCACAGUAAUGUCUUUGGAGUUUGUUCUUCCUCUUUAAACUCAUAAUCCCAGAGCCCAUCACUGAGCUUUCUUUUAGUUUCUCCUGUAACCGUUUUGGUGUGAUCAGUCACCCCUUUUUUUUUUAGAAAGAACUUGGGUCAAACUUGCUUUUUUUCUUGCUUUGUUGACAGCUUGACUAGAGACUUAAAAAGCAGAAUGGGAGGGAUUUUGAUAACGCCAAUGGUUACUCAAUGACUGCAAGGGGUGUAAAGAUUACACAAGGUACUACUUCUGAUACUUCUAUCCGAUAUUUCUGAUACCAAAUUUAUCUUGCACAGCUUAGCCUGCUGCUUCAUCUGUAUGCAUGCCAGGCACUAAAAGAUGCCACCAGUAUGCUAGCCCCUGACUUGGCAGGGUUUUGGCAUCACUUUUAACUAAGGAGAGGAGUGUCAUCCUUACUAAUUCACAGUCAGUUCUUCAUACGAGUUUAACAGCUCAAAUGAUAUAAAAGAAUCAUUUAUUAAUACUGAAUCACAUCCAUAUUUAUUGUUUUACAGCACCUCAGGCUCUAAAAGAUUUUGGUUUCUCAACCUUUUGACCUCCCAGAUGUAUUUUUUGCACAAGAUUUUAAAUACCAGUGCGUUUUUUUGCAACUGAACUUAGAAAACUCAUCAUAGUUUCAACUUGUCCACAUUUUUCUAUUUCCUUAAAAAAAACCUAGAGAAUUGCAACUGGGAUUGCAUUUGUUGAGGAUAAUUUGGUGAGAUUGGUUAUUUCAGGCUGGGACAAUCCCCUAAAGAGCCAGCAAAAUUCUGUGUGGACUGUAUUUCCUGAACAAUGAAGAUUACAUCUCCCCCGCUCUUGAAUCACCUGAUCGCUUCUUCAAAGCAGCCACAAACAAUAAGAAAGCAAAUCAGCUCCAGGAUAGCUCGGGAGGCAGAUGUGCCUCAGCCAGCACUCCAUUUCUCAUCCUAUUAACUCCCUAAUCAGACUGAGUCAAGGUUUCAGAUGAGACGAGGGCGGGACGCAGAGAGAGUUAGAAAGUGAUGGAUGGAGACAAAGAUGGUGCGGCGUGAGCACAGCAGCGGCAGAAUGAUGCCAGAAUUAUAACAACUUAACGUCUUUGUUCUUUCCACUCCCUAUUCGUCAGUGGCUGAAACAAACGGGUUGAUGAAUGUCGCUCCAGGCGUUAGACAGGGCCCUGGGAAAUGCUUAGCUUUUUUUCAGGCUGGCAGAUAAAGUCAGCCUAGAGUAAACCGGGAGGCAGCGAAGAUUUAUUUCAUUAAAAGGUGUUUGUUUGAAUGUUAUGCAAGGGUGUUAAGGAUUAACUUGCUUGAACAAACUGUGAGUGGUUAUACCUUUCAGAUUAAGUCCUGCAUUAAGCUGCAAAUCAAAGGUGUGAAAUUACUCCAAUAGAAAGAAAGUGUUUUAUUUUUUUUUUUAUCCUUAAUCCUCUCCAGCCGAUACCUUUUGGGUUAUAUUACUGAAACUUAAAUAUAUGCACCUGGAGACAAAGAAAAUAUGAAAGAUAUACAAUUGAGGGGUUUAAUUUUGGUCUUGGAGUUAAAUUUAUACCGUCUGCUUCUCCCGGCUGGCGGCCUGAUGAAUGUUGGGCCAAUUAUCUUGUAACAGAAGCACUGAGCUGUGAAAUGAUGCCCUCUGUUGCAGGUUUUGCUGUAACCUCGUAGCUUUGCAUGCAUUCAUGGAUGAAAAGGGGGUUAAGUUCAGACUUUUGAGGACAUCUUAUCAUUAAACCGCUAAUAAAAACUUGUACUUCUCUUUUAUGAAACCUGUCUCAUGAUCACUGGGAGUAUGAGGGUUCAUGUCGGCUCUAAUGCACAGAUUUUGUCAUAAACUUCAUGAUCCCACUUGAUGAACGCCAUCUGUUAAGGAGUUGGUGUAAUUCGUUUUCAUUUACAGAGCCGACUCAAGUUUAAUUAACAGAAAUGUCACCUGAGAUUUACAAGCAGAUUAUCGCAAAACAACAAAUUUGGCAGCUUCUGUGAGGAGAUUUUUACGUGUAUGAAAUACUCUGAAAUUCAUAGUGAUGCCUUUUUAUGAUGUACAAAAGAUUGAUUAUUUUUAUAUCGUAAUUUUUAAUUGCCUAAAAUUGGUCUAAGGGGAUCGGUGUCAGUAGAGCUGCUGAAGAAGAGGCCCCAUUUUCACAUGAUACUCAGUUUUUUUAAACAUAUGUUUAUUGCAUAUUUUGUAACUUUUCAAACAGUGAACAACAUAGAACAAGAAGGCACAUACAAAAAACAACAACAAAGAUAAUAGUAAUAAUAAUAAUGAAAAUGAAUUUUUAAAAAGAUAAAUAAAUGAAAGAUAAGUAAACAAAUAAAUAAUUGCAUAUAUCUUUAUACACAUACUGUAUUAUAUACACACACAGACAUGUCUGUAAAGGUCUAAAUGUGUAAACUAAAACAAGAUAAAGUGAAAAUAAGAAAAACACUUUGUAAGCAUACUGGUGUAAAAAUGCGCAGAGACUGUUCUGUCCGCUGAGGGUACCAGAAUUGACUUCCCCAAAAGGAUCUUUAAUCUCAUCAUACAGCAUCCUGUAAAACAAUGUAAUGAAUAAGGAAGAGUAGUUUAAAAAAAAAAAAAAGUCUGUAAUGAUUUCACGACAAAUGUACGCUUUGACAACCAACUUAGUUCAGAAGAGUUACCAGAAUCAGCAUUUAAUGAAAACUUCUUACUGUACCCUUAAUUUGGUGCUUAGGAACAACACUCAAUCGCAGGUUACAUUUGUAAUUUAGCCGACUGUGACUGAUUUGUUACAUGGUAAAAUUUGUAUAUGGUUUAAUCUGGUUUCAAAGUAACACUUUGAGCUGGCACUCCCACAACUCUUUAAAGCAAAUUAAGACCUAAUCUCUUAAUAUGUGUUCUUGAAUGAGAUUUGCAUUGUGUUUACUAAUCUCAGUAAAUACUGAACUCUAACCCUAAGGAAGUUUGAUAAAGGGCCAACAAAGCUUUAUCAAGAGCAUGAACUGCCUUCACAUCAGUGUCCAGGAAGCUUUUUGAAUGUGAGGUGAACUCUAGGCGAGUCUUCACCCUCGGACCCGUAUUAUUACAGGUUUUAGUUCCAGCAGCGGCGAGUCUUUCUGUGGGGUAAUUAGGUUACUCUAUCAAAGUCAACCCACUCAAUGCCAGCCACACCGCUGCUCAUGUCUGAUGACUCGGGUGAGUUGCGCCAAGUCAGCAGUAUCCAGAACACAUUAGAGAGCUGGAAAAAGACCUGGACAAAUGCCUUAUUGUAGCUUUCAUCACAAUUUACAGCGUCGUCUUUGGUGCUGAAUCAAUGCGAGUGCUGCUGCUUGUGUGUGUGUGUGUGUGUGUGCGUGCGUGCGUGUGUGUGUGCAAAUGCAGAGUGUUUAAAUCACUUAAAGUUUUUCCUUGCAUUUAUCUUAUGGAAAAUAAUUCUAGGGAUGAUAACAUAACUUUUGGAAAACUUAACUGCACAUUUUUCCAAUAUGUUACAGAAAAGGAACAUUUGAGGUAUAUUGAACGUCAAAACAAAAAGUUGGUGAUUGGACUGAAUGGUUGGAAAUUUAAGCCUCGCUCCUGUGUGUGACCCAAACCUAUGGAAUCAAUGACACUCAUGUUGGACCCCAAGACGAACAAAACGAACUCCAAUGUCAAAAUGGAAAUCCAAUCAAAAAUGGCUCCAAAGCGCCCCCUACAAAAUUUCAAAAUGUAAGCCACGCCUCUGUGUGUGACCCAAAGAUAUGGAAUCAAUGACACUUAUAGUGGACCCCAAGACGAACAAAAGGGGGAGGCGGUCGACAGAGGUGGCGGUGCGACACAGCUCGGUCCCCUUGGUUCCCUGCGGGGUGCUAGUUUUGUUUUAUGUUACACUGCUAAAUUCCAUUUAGUAGAGGCUUCUGUCCAAAGCAGCGUACAUCUGAGAGUAACUGCAACACAAGCAAGGAUCUGGACAGAAGGAAGUGACAAGACUUACAUUAGGACUACAGAGAAGAAGAGUCUAGCUUGAGUGUACAUAGUUAUCCCUGAGAGAGCUUGGAAAAUGCAGAUCUAAUGGAGAAGGAUAAUGUCAUUGCAUCUAUACUUUUAUAACCAACAUUAAAAUAUUAAAACUAAAUUAAAAUAAACUUCAAGUUUAGUUUGAAUCAUCUAAAAAUAUAUAUUUUGAAUGUUGUAGUCUUUUAUAUGAGGUUGUAUAGUUUUGUUAUCAUUUUAAAGCAUCUGUGGAAAACUUUCAAGUCGUGUUGAUUUUGGAAUGAUUUGCACUGAUUUUGAGCUGCAAAAAAAAAAUCCCAUCCUCCUCUCUUUUAACAGUCAAAUGCAUCAGAUAAACCCUGCUGUAGAACAUGUGACCAAAGGCUGUUGCUGAAUGCGGGUAAUCACAUGAUCUGAAGUCGACCCCUCACCAGUGGUUUAAAUCAUUAAAAAAAUAACCCUAUAAAAACACUUCUCUUUGUUUCAGUGGUUUUGCUUGGUUUUUGCAGUCAUUAUUAUCAGUUUCAGUCUGUUUCAAAACCAGCUAAAAAUUCCUCACAGGAGCUAUAAUUUGUUUAAAAGUUGGAAAUUCAAAAGAUCAUCCAGAAUUAGGUUACUUCUAUAAGUAGCAAAAGAAAACUCCCAUAUAUAGUCUGAGUGAAAAAAGUUAGGAACCUUGUAAAUUGGACGUGACGUUAACAGGAUACAUCCUGGAGGAUUGAACUCCUGCUGUCCUGCGUCAGUUCAUGGCAGCUUUAAGCAGAGCCUGUACGAAGUCAGCUGUAUCCUGCUGUUUCUUCUGACUUGUUUAAACACUUCAUGCUACAGUGUCAACAUGCAGACCGCUCACUUCUGGGAUUAAUAAAAAAGAGAGCUGGUAAUGAAUGGCACCGUUAAAAGAUGAAGGCUCGGGAGCUCAACGCUGUGUGUUUAUGUGCGGAAAGUGGGAGACUGGGAGAGUGAGGGAAGGGUAAAUUUAAGGACAAAAGUGGAUCAUAAAGUGAAAGAAUAAAAUAUAAGGGAGGGGAAGUCACUGAAAUUGACGCAAAGUUUCCAAACGAGGAUCCAAACUAGGGGAGAUAUGUGGAUGAAUGUGAGGUUCAAAGGCUUGGAGUGAGCGAGAUCUUCAGUUUGACAGCUGGCGGGGGGAUUAUGCCAGUCAUCCUCCAUGGAUACACAUAGAUCCCAUAAAGGCCAAUCAAUCAACGUGAGAACUAGUUCCCAGGAUUUGAAGUUAGACAGCAGGAAGGUUGACAACUGUUGGAUUAGAGGGAGAAAAAAUAAUGAAAACGUUUUUCAGGGAGAUUCUGGCAAGACAUCUGCGUUUUGUGCUGCCAUUUUGCUUUAUGAUGGCGCUUUUUUUAUAUUCCCAAUUUAAAUGAUAAAAAUAACACCAAAGAUGUUAUAAUUAAAGACACAGAAAUGUGAUAACUCUUAAACUUAGUAAUCAUCACCACUAAAUUGAAAACAGAGCACAGGACGAUGUUGAAUCCUUCAGUUUGAUGACAUUUAAAUUCUCCCGUCUAAGCCAAGAUGUCCGCCUCACCAUGUGUAGAAAGACGGCUCAGUGUCAAAAGAAACUUCCCAGAUUUUUGUUUUCACUUACAAAACCUUGUAGAGGAAGGGUGGACCUUUCAUGUAGUAGCAGUUUAGUUUGUCAAACACAGGUGCUUCAUGUAUCCUUCAUGAAGGUCUCUCCUGAUGUUGACGGGCGAGCUUACUGGCACUCAUGACUGUGACAGAGCAAACCAUUAAUGUGAUCAGUUACACCUGUGUUUCCGUUAGGGGACGAUACUUUUGAGUGGGGUAUUUUCUGUCAAACUUUUGGUGUUUUGUCCUGAAUAUAUGACAGAGUGUUAGGGCCACAUUAACAAAAAAAAAAUGACAUAGAAAUUAAGACAUUACUUAUGAGAAAAAAGUCGUAAUAAAAUCAUUACUUACGAGAAUAAAGUCGUAGCUAUCGUAUGAAUCUAUGUGCCAUACGGUGUUGGUGCCUCUGCAGGUGUUGGUUGCUGCUGGUGUUGUGCCAACAUCAGAGACAGACGUGGUGCUCCUUGGAGCUCAGCUCCCACAAAUGUUGAUCAGUUGGAUUAUUUCUUGAGAAACCACAAAAGCCCUCUGACUAACCCACUGAUAACUCUGCAGUUGACCAGUUCAAGCCAUUUCCUCCUCCACAAAAGCAGCUUUAAGACUUUAUUUACUUUACAACUUUAUUCUCGUAAGAAAUGAUUUUAUCACGACUUUAUUCUCAUAAAUAAUGAUUUUACUACGACCUUAUUCUUGUAAUUACAAAGUCUUAAUUUUUUUUUUUUUAACGUGGCCCUAAUACUCCCACGUACGAAUAAGACAAGGAAGAUUGAGAGAUACAUCCGAGGCCCAAAAAGUUAAUAGGGGCCUCUGAAGGGUCACCACAAAUAUACUCUUUGCAGACAUAGAGGAUCUGACUGAUUCAGGAAAGGUCAUAACAGACCUGCUCAGUCACCUGUUGCUUCACCAGCCAGAAGGGUUCAUUUAUUUGCUGAACUGACUUUUUAAAAUUAGGGUCAUAAAUCGUGUUGAAAGCAGCCUCUGCUCUGACCUCCUCUGGCACUUGGAGCUGUGAUUGAUCGGGAAGUCAAUUAAGGAACGAUUUGGAAAUAGACAAGGCAGUGAGGGAUAAAAUGAAGCUCAUUCACCUAAAUACCACAAAUUACUCUCUUGCUGGAAAUUGGCUUAUCCUCUGAUACCAAGCAGAAUUGGAUUUCUCGGACAGUUUCCUCCCCUGACAGCUAAUGCAGGCUCAUCUAUCAAUACGCACACUCCCGUUUUAGUGAAAAAGGCUCUCUGUCUUAUCCUUUAUGUACAACCUUCCAGCAACCUAAUCAAUAUCCAUUUUUCCCAAUCCCCCCCUCCUCCCUGCCUCUUUUAGUGCUCUGAAACUCUUUGAACUAGCCCUUUUCCAUCUUUCUAUUGACAAGUGACCUCCCAUAAACAGCUCUGCCUGCAUUUCCCACCCUGGCUAACCUCUGCAGAAAUCACGCUUUUCCAUUGAAUAUGUGCAGAAAACAAGAACUGAACUGGAGCCAGUGGGUCAGGCCAGUCAAUGCUAAACCUCUUAUCUUAAUCCUAACAUGGGUUUGCCAUGGAUAACCGGUGUUUUCCAUCAUAUGGUUCCUCAAAGUGCACUCAUGAGCUUACUCAAGCGUACUCGUUGUAGGAGAGGGGGUGUUUCUCCCUCGAGUUUAUUAAUGAGACGAAUGAAAGGGUGUUUUUGUGCUCCGUGUAGCUUUUAAAGAAAGCUUUUAACUGCUUAUUGCUCAAUUCAUCCAGAGCCGAUUAUACAGCGAACUUAAAUUAUUGCUACAUUGGAGUAAACUCACUUAGGAGAUAAAAAGGAACAGUGGAUUAACACUUUGAAUUAUAGCAGCUCUGAAGGUGAUUAUUGCUUAAAUCAAACCCAUUACUGACCACAGGAACACUGGAUCACCAAUAUGUAAUGCUUUUUCCAAGCACAAAUACAUUUGUGAUUCUCCUGAACAGGUUCAAAUAAAGUUCAUAACAGACAGAAGUUCAGAAAGUAUAGAGGGGGAUGAAAGUUAGGUCAUUGUGUUCAUUGUAUACCGUAUAUACAAUGUAUAUUCAUUGUCAUUGUCAUUGUAUACCGGUGCAUCUUUCUCUGAAGGUGUCAGUUUCUUUCAUAUAUCUUUACUUCUUACUCUUUCUAAAUUACAGUACAGUUACCAGGGCCUGACUGAUAUGGAUUUUUUGGGGCCGAUGCUGAUACCGAUUAUUGGGGGGGGGGGGGGUCUGAUUACCAAUUAAUCGGACGAUUUUUUUAUGGAGUUAAAAAAAAAAAUGGUAACCCUUUCUUUUAUGGUACACUUAUUACCAGGUAAUUAACAGGUAGUUACCUAGUAACAACAUGAAAUUAUCUGGUAAUUACAUGAUAACUACUAAGUCAAUACUGUCUAGUUACCAGGUAGGUAACCUUCCAUCACCAUACAAAUUUGAAGCCGAAUUGCUCUGGUAUUUCCAGGAUUUUCUCCACUUCCUGGAACCACCACUUGCGCAGUAGUAAUGUACGCAUUCGGUGGGUGAGUUGCUGUGAUAAUGUUUGGCUCAAACAGCGUAUCAUUAUGCAAUCUUCGCACGCCCAUAGGCUGUAUCAAGUGUCAAUCAUAGAAAGUAAGAACUCCAAAUAGCUUUUCAAAAUGCAGCUGCCAGAAAAAAAGAAAAACUAGACAGUAUUGACGUAGUAGUUAUCAUGUAAUUACCAGAUAGUUUCAUGUUUUUACUAGGUAAUUACCUGUUAAUAAGUGUACCGUAAAAGAAAGGGUUACCAAAAAAAUACAUGUAUAUUGUAGAUAUCUACAGUACUGUAGAUAUACUGUGGGCUACUGCUCUUCACGCCGACAGGAAGACCGACUGAUCAAACUCGGACCAGAAAAGCGUUUUCAACUACACCCGCCCCGCCGAUCGGUGCCUCCGCGUUUUAACUCACUUGACACAUUUCCGGUCUGGUUUCAUCUGGAGACAUGACCCUAACCCUAACAGGCCCUAACAGUUACCAAACACGUUUGUACCCUUAGUAUCUGGGUAAAAUAUCACGGGAUAAGACCACAAACAUAAAUUAACUAUUUUUAUUUUAAAGUUUAGUUUUCAUAAAGUUUGGGCAGUUUUCAUGUUUGUUGAAUGUUUAUUUUUUAAAUUUUAGUGAAAGAUGUUGUUACUGUUCAGUUUUUGUGAUUUUGUCAGUUUUCGUUAAUGACAACCUUGGAGUCUACAGAGGAUUCGCCACAUUUUAGUGUAAUGUGAAUACUAAUUUCUUUGUUUUAUGGCUGUCUUGUUGCAUCACACAGGGUAUUAUAAAAGCAGCUAAUGGUCUCUUAUCAGGCAAAAUAAACAACAGAUAGACAAGAAGAGUGUGACCUUCACUCUGUCUGUCUGAUGUUAUUACUGAUUCAUCAUCCAAUCAUAAUUAUUUCCAGUCGAGUUUAAAAAACAGAAAAUUUCAUUUUUGGUGAUAUUUUUACAGAGUGCAAGCAAUUUAAAGAUUUUCUGUCAUUUUUUUCGUGAUAAUGAUAAUAGGCCUGGGGCUGUAGCCUCAUUAGGGUUCCAGUAUUAAAUUAAACAUGCAUUUAUGUGUGUGUUUGUAUUUGUAUCACAGAAAUUUAUGCAGUUAUCCAUAAUUAUUCUCUGCCAAUACUGAGCUGCUAGUUUUAAAUGUGCAACAGCAAUUACAAGAGUAUUCAGCGUCCCAUGAGGCGGCUUAUUAAAAACUUGCUUUCGACGCUGAAGUUCCCUACAUUGAACUCAUGAGAUAAGUCGUAAGGAGUAGGGAAUGAGUUUGUAAUUUUUCAGCCAUAGAGGUCUUUUAGAUGUGGGAAAUGUCAGAAAAAAGGCUGUUUCAGCAGCGUGAACUUCAUAUUUUGGUUUGCCUAUAAAGAGAGAUAAGUAACCUAUCCAUUUCAGUCUGUUUCAUGACCAAAACAUCUCCCAGGGGAUUUGAUUACAUGAUUCCAGUUCAUUCAGUGCUCGAUAAAAGAAAUCAAAUCAAAAACAUUCCUUAAAGUUGAAUUGGGACCAUUGAUAAUUUCACAAAGUACCAUACUCAGAAAAAGUGUCUUUAAAUGCCUUUACUUUUCUUCAAAAUACCAGUAAACAAGCUAUUUAUCUUAAAAACUUGAGUGUCUUUUUAUCAAAGUACCUUAUAUUUGAGGCAGUAGACUUGCAGACAUCUGCACUGGUUAACAGUAAUAGACUUGACCUUUGGCUUUACAAUGGCCUCCUCUUACUUUUAAUGCGGCACACACAUUAAAGACUUGUUUUACUGUUUAAAAUAUUAUCAAAGGUCAAAUAUAAUCCAAAGGUCAUCAAAGGGACCGCUCAGUCGAGGUUGCAGUAGGCGCCUCCUCGGUGUGUGACAGUUCAUUUAAAGGUGUUGCGUGACAGAGGACCUAAUGGCGAUCAUGCAGCAGAAUUAAUGCUCUUAUGAGAUGUAAACAGCAUCUACAUACCAACACAAUGAGGCCUAAGCUGAUUACCAGUCACACUUGCUCCAAUCCUGACAGGCAACAAGGAAAGACUCAGAAGAAAAAAAGCCUCCCAUGCUUCAAGUUUACUUCAAAGUUGACCCCCAACGAGGGGAAGUGGGAAACCAAUAUGGAGUGAUAAGUAGAUGAAAUUCAGCACAUAUGAGCAAAUCUGAAAAUUGUCUGUGUUACUUGAUUUGUGCUUAAAUGGUCCUGAAAUUUGAGAACUUUCUGACAAACUGAAUAUGAAUUUCAAAAUAAAGCAUCUUUCACCAGUUAGACUCUGACAAACUCCAUUAAAAAUCAUUCAUAUGUGAUACAAACACUCAUAUUAUCACUAAUCAGAAGGGACUUUGUUUAUAGGGCGCAGCUGUUUAAAUCCAAAUCUGUCUUUCAAAACUUUUAACAUGUCAUGUCACACUUUUUUCAUGCAAACAAAGCUGUGUUGUUUCUGGCAGUGGUGCAAUUUAAUUUUAAAAGUAUGUUUUUGUUACAAAGAAGUGCAUAAUUGUACAUGAGUGCGGUUUAUGCCCUGGGCUUCUAUCAAAAACAUUCCAGGGAUUUCUUUGCAUAGGUGUUUUUUUAAGUACAACAGCAGGAUACUAUAGAUUUUAUCCACUCUGAUUGAAAUAAAUCCAAGUCUAGUAGGUCAUAUUCACUGGACUUGAACAUCACUUUAAAUGUGUUGUUGACAAAUACAUUUCAAGGGCCAUUUCUCUCCUUAUUUUGGUUGUAAAUGAAGUGACAUGUAUUCAAAAAGAGAACAAACUCAGGUGCUCAGGAACACAGACAAAAUAUUGUGGCUUUAACCGAGCCAGAAAUGUUGAUUUAGGUGUUUUCCUCUGACAUGACUCUUUUUUUCCUCCUCUCUUCCAGAGAAAGAACAUCAGUGUUCUGCUGAGUCUGGGCGUUCUGGUUUCCUGGGGAGUGAUUCUGCUCUCGGCUCGCCUCUACUGGAUGGGCAACAAGCCCCCCAACUUCUCCAACUCUGACAACCCUGCAGCUGACUCGCCACAUUUUCUCACUCGGACACUAACGUUCCUCCAUCUGCCGGCCGCCAACGCCUGGCUCCUGCUCUGCCCGGACAAACUCAGCUUUGACUGGUCCAUGGAUGCGGUGCCCUUGGUGAGAUCCUUGGCCGACUGCAGGAACCUUCACACCCUCGCCUUUUAUGGUGGAUUCAUCCUCCUGGCUUUGUUUGGCCUUCGUGGCUCCAAUUCCAACGCCAAGGAAACCAAUGGGAAGGCUUGCGUCGCUAAUGGGAAAUCAAUCACUAAUGGGAAUGGUUAUCACACCACUGACACAAACCAUAACACAGACCAGGGGCCACCAAAGACCACCAUGAACGGGUCAGCUGGACUCCACCACUGCCCUGCCCAGACCUCCCUGCCCCCCACAGAGAACCUUGUACUAUUUUCUUUAGCCAUCAUGUCAUUGCCUUUUAUCCCCGCCACAAACUUUUUCUUCUAUGUGGGUUUUGUGAUAGCAGAGAGGGUACUCUACAUUCCCAGUAUGGGUUUCUGUUUACUGGUCGCAACUGGUGCCAGAACCUUAUACAUCAGACUGAGGACUAGAGGCUCUAAGACCUUACUGUUGUGUCUGUGUGCGGGAUUAGUGCUGCUGAAUGGUCUCCGAACUGUACAAAGAAACAGAGACUGGAGCAAUGAGGAGAAUCUGUACAAGUCUGGGAUUAGCGUGAAUCCUGCUAAAGGUAAGAAACAGACCCCAGUUAUCAUGAGGGAACCAACUAAAAACUUUGCAAAGACAAAAGCAGAUUUGAAAAGACUUUUGUUUUACUUUUUAUAUUAAACUGAAAAAUAAUUUGAGAACUGUGUUUUUAGUUUGUCCUUCUCUAUUAUACCUAUUUACGCUUGAACUCACUACACCCAUCCUUGUUCGUGCUCUUGAAGAUGCGUGGGAAGUUAAACCACAAAAUUAUUGAAGCUGACAUCCCUGCCUUGGGAACUGAAGUUAACAGCCAAGCCCUCCGAGAAAACCAGACUCUGACUGCUUCUUCAUGCCAGACUGGUUUUAAAAGAGUUGAAUUUAACACAGGAAUUAAUGUGUAAAAUGUUACAUACUCAAGCAUGAGCAGUCUGUAUGUACGAAGGCUUUUACUCUGUUUGUUAUUCAUCAUCUGAUCUAAGUUUCUCAGCAGUUAUUUAGAAAUUAAUACCAACUCUGUGUUUCCACUUUUGACUGACAUGUUGCCCACAGCCUGGGGAAACUUGGGGAACGUGCUCAAGAACCAGGGGAAGAUGGCAGAGGCGGAGACGGCGUACAGAAACGCUCUGCACCACCGAGGGAACAUGGCUGACAUGUUGUAUAACCUGUAAGUCUUUAAGAUCUCCUGUUUGCAGAGUCUUGACACGAACCGGUUCUGAUUUCUCCCAUCCAUCACUUUGGAUCACAGCAGCAGAGCAUGAAAGACAGACAAGAAAAAGAGAAAAGGCAGAAUGGCAGAUAGAGUGACAGACGGAAGAAGAAAAUGAAAAUAGAUCAGAUAGAAAGGGAAAGACGAGGGAGAACCGCGUGUCCCUGCUGGCUCUUUGUACUUGUUCUUCUGAUUUGACUAGUCGUGGUUUGCGGGACCUGUGGGAGAACUCAAAGCUGCUUCCAAUCCUGCAACACGAGGUGUCAAAGGUGCCAAAACCUCACAGCCGACCCAUGUCUCUCGCUCUCAUGCUGACUUUGUUUUUCUCACUCAAGUUACAGAUGUCAGGAAGCUGGCAGAGCAACGUAGAGAAACCAAAGGAUGGUGCAUUUAAGCGCCGCUGUUAGAAUUUGAUGGAUGGUUUGGUACACUAGGGUUACACGUUGGGAUAUUGUAUUGGGGAUCCAGAAGCUGCGAGAGUUUUUAUUUCCCAGCUUUCCCCUCAAAGCGCCCUCAUCACUUUGACGGGCUGUAAUUUUUAGUUAAAGUGUAACUUCACCUCCACAGAUUUUACAGAUCAAGACAAAUCCUAUUUAAUUGAGUUAAAAAUGUUUCACUUUUUGUUUGUUUUUUCUGUUAGUGGUUUGCUGCUGCAGGAGAAUGAGCGUUUCUCUGAAGCUCUGCAUUAUUACAAACUGGCUAUUGGAAGCCGACCAACACUGGCAUGUAAGUACUUUAAAAAAAAGGUCUCACUUCAUAGGGGGUUCAUCAGCUGUGAGACAUUUUCACAUUAUUUAAAUCUGGCUUCGGUCUUGGACUAUUUUAAUUUAAUUCAACCCACAGUAAGAGUCCAUUAUGGGGUCUCCAUCAAGCUUUAUCAUCUUUUAAUGCUGAAUUAGAUGUUCUUAUACCACGUGGUCAUUUCCAGGGCCAUUCUGAAGCUAUUGCAGCUCGACGGUGAAAUGAUGAGAUUCAAUCUCACACUUGAGUGCUCUCAUGUGAGAUGAAGCUCCUUUUUUUUAAAUGUUCCAAGGACAAUUCAUGAGCCAGGGCAGGUUUCCAGACUUCUUUUUUUUUAGCUUGAUAAGUUAUCUCCAUUUCUGCCUCUGCCUAAUCUCCUAAUAGCCUGAUUUAUUUUUAUUUCAUAAGUACUUUUCUAACAUUGAUUUAUCUGCCUUUGAUGUCUUUCUGUUCCCUUUUUUCUAUAUUAUAUUUAUAGCUUGUGUGGGUGUGAAAUUGAGAAUACAAGGGUGUUGUUGUAAGAGAUGUUUUGAAGCAACUACUUUCCCAGUCGUUUGAAAGGACGUUCAAAUUCCAUUUAACCGCCUAGUGUAAAUAUAAGCAGUCAAAUGAAACACUCAAAAUUUUGUGCAACUUUUUUGAACUGACUGGACACAGGAUCACAGAAUCUAUAGGUUUAUUGUGUCUUAUUCAUUUGUUGAGUGUGGCUAAGGUUAGCAGAGCUAGCGCCACCAGCCUUCACUUCUGCUCGCAGGUUGACAUUCACAUGCCUGUGUCUGUUUCGCAUCACUAUUGUCUGGUACUGUCAGGAAAAAACAUAUAUUAAUAUCUGGAUAUUCAGUUAUAUGCAUUGAUAGUUGGUCCACAAUCAGGGGGGUUACAGUCCUUUACAUUGGUUGUCAUUUUCCAUCAGAUUGAGGGUGGACUCAGAAGAAGCAGUGGUAUCCUGAAGAGGCGCUAGUACAUUGUAAAAGUAUACUUUCCAGCCACUCUUUAGCUGUUUUCAUUCUGUCUCGUAACUUACAAACUAUGGAGAGUAGUGUAUGCGUAUUUCAAAAUAAAAGCUUGUUUAUAUGAUACAGGAAAUAAAGUACCCUAUACGCAAUACAGUAAAACGUCAAAUUAAAAACAUCACAAAAUAUUGUGAAAAAGUGUUUGCAGUAAACAUUGUGUAAUCUUUUAGUUAUAUUAUAAUGAAAUCUCUUUUGGCCCUUGUGAUCAGGAGAUGAGGAUGUGAUAUCGUGACCACCCUCCUUUAGUUUAUUGGUCAUAUGGCAGCUCAACCAGACACACCUACAAACAAUUUUAUCUCUAUUUUAAAAAAACUGGGCCAAAAUACCAGAUGUAGUCAGUCAUCUGUGCUUGUUUACAUCCUGAUAGUUGAUCACUGUAUAGCCUUAUGCUAAGGGAUGGGUGUUUGUAUUUGAAUGGUGGGUUGAUUUCUGCUCCUCCUCUUCCUCCUCCUCUCAGCGGCCUACUUGAACACAGGAAUCAUCCUGAUGAACCAGGGUAACCUGGAUGAGGCCAAACACACUUUUCUGACGUGCGCUGAUAUUCCAGAUGAGAACUUGAAGGAUCCGCAUGCUCACAAGAGCUCCGUCACCAGCUGCCUCUACAACCUGGGGAAACUGCUCCAUGAACAGGGCCAUCAGGAGGUUAGAGUGAAAGAACUUGUGUGAUUUUUCUAGCAUAAGUGACUAAUUGAGUUGUCUUCAUUCUCUAACUCUAAUUGAUUUAACUAAGGCUUAAACUCAGCUUUGCACAACAACUUUAUGCACACUUAAGAUUAAAUACUUCUCCAUGAAAAGGGCUUAAAGCUCAGCCAUUUAGACUUCAACCCAACACUGCAUGGUUCGUACAGCUUGUUUCGCAUGAAAUAAAAGUCCCUCAUCAAUUACAGGGCCUGUAAUGUGCUGAUGUGACACUAAAAUAGACUUGCUAAAUCACUCUUUUCCUCUCCCUCUCUGCACUACAGGAGGCUCUGUCUAUUUAUAAGGAAGCGGUGCAGAAAAUGCCCAGACAGUUUGCACCACACAGCCUUUUCAACAUGAUGGGUAAGUCACUGUUAGAGCCUGAAAAAAUUGACUCUCUUAAAAGGCAGAAGCUGAAAGUGCAGAAUUAAAUCUUCAACUCUUUAACAAACCUGUUAAAAAUAUAAAAAGGCUGUUCAGUGUUUUACAAUGACCAGUGAUGCGUGUUGUUAAAUUUGCAGCCGUUACGAAACUGGUGACUUUGAAUGACGUAAAACAAUAUAAUUCUUGGACUUGUUCGGCUCAAAUGUCAGAGAUAAUUCGACAUGCUUUUUCUUUUUAUCUGUGUAUUGUAUUCAAUUUAACAAAUUGACAUUUAAUCUCUGCCAAAAGAAACCUUCUGCAGACCUGAACCACCUGUUUGAGUCCAACACUGCAGCUCACGAGUGUGUGCCCAGACUCUGUGUCCGCUCUCAGAGAACUGAAACUAAUCCCUGUAAUAAAUCACAUCCCUCUCUUUGUUAUUAUAACACUAAUUACAUUAUUGGACGCUCAUCCUGACCGCAUAGUUGAGAUCGCAGGGCGAUGUUUGUGAAAAUUCCUCUGACGAGCUAAAUGAGAAUAAGACGUGUGUUUAGUCAGGUGGAGGGAGGGGGUGGAAGAGGGUGGUGUUUGUGUUGCUAUGAUGUCCAGGGGAUACAAAUGUCAUUUUUAACCCUAGGAGCCGACAGCAUGUCCUCAGAUCAAACAAAGUCUCAUACAGUGUUCAACAAAACAAUUUUUCUUUUGAAGAAAACUUUCACUUUAAGCCGCAGUGCUGUUAUUAUUCAGCCUGUGAGCCCCACGGAUAACAGGUGGAGUUCCAGGAAAUUGUUUUUGUAAUACAGCUCACAGGGAAAAAGCAGAAGACUACAGCAGUUUUCACAGAGGGGUGUUAAUAAACAUUUCAGCUAAUCACCUGGAUAAAAACCAAAUGCUUUUAGGGUGAGGUGAAGCCUGGGAUCAUAGCUGAAUACGACUAAAAAAGGUGAUUUUUGAAGCAUGUGAUGUCUGAGAAACCCUCUUCUAUCACCAUCUGCUGUAGCUCUAAACCAUGAGCGCUGCUGACCGUGUUCCCGCAUAAAACUGGUCAAUAAAUCAUUUUUUGUUGAAAGAAAUAUAACCUGCCCAACUAGAGGAAACUAAAAUCAACAAGACUUUGGUUCUUUUGGUAUCUUGUGAGCAAUAGUUAAAGAACCAAAAAUAUUUUAAAAAAGCUAUAGCUCAGAGACAAACCAAAAAGAAAUAAUGCACAAUAUUCAACCAUGACUGAGUUGUGAUUAUUUGGUUUGUGCCCUUUAGCUAUGGUAAGAAAACAAGGAAAUCUCGAAGAGAUGAGCGGUGGAUCAGACUACUUAAUCUAUGUUACAAUGGAUGACGUUUUUCCUCUAAAUGUUUUUAAUUGAAGCCAAAAUACCCUGAUGACAGGAGCUGACAUCUUGUGCUUGUCACUACAAUAUUAGACACUCAUUUAACUUGCAGUCGUGAGAUAAAAUUACAAUAACCCCCAAUUUCCACUGCAUCCGGAACGGCUAAGAAAAGGCUGUAUCCGCCGAUCGUAGCUGAUCAUAACCAUUCAAGUUAAUGUGUCAAUUUCCAGACUCGGAUUCGGCAGCUGAUGUUCAAUUUUUCUGGACGCCGGAGCGUGCCCGAUAAAUUCAGCACAGAUUAACCCGUGCUGGAAAGAAAGUCGGGCACGGACACAAAAUAAAACAUCCAGCUUUUUUUCAAAAUAAAACACUCUGUGUUUCAGGCAGAUAGUGUUUCACACCAUGAAAAUGGGCGGGGACAAACAAGUGAAAGGUUUACAGACAGCAUUUCAUCCCGACGACACCAUGGAUGAGGAGAUGCUGAUUCUAUAAUUCUAUAAGCAUUCUGUGAAAAUUAUGUUUAAAUAAAACAGUUUGAAGUAAUAGAAAAGACUCCAACUCUGAAUGUUUUGGCCUCACUUUAGAAGAGCUGCUACGUCAUUCAUCAGUAUAUACACUCUGUCUGUUCCAGGAGAGGCCUACAUGAGGCUGAACAGGCUGGAGGAGGCGGGCCACUGGUACAGAGAGUCCCUCAGGGCCAAACCUGAUCAUAUCCCUGCCCACCUCACAUACGGAAAACUCCUGUCCAUCAUUGUAAGUCCUGCUCACACACACACACACACACACACACACACACACACACACACAAGUACGAGACAAAACACAUUAUCUCGGUGACGACUGAAGUGCUUAACUACCAGCAGAGUGUAAUUAAACGGGACCUGAAGUGGCGGACUGGCGCGAUGAAUAAUGCAUACUGAGUGACUUAUGGGACAUCUGAGUGAGACCCACUCGUCCUAUCGAUUCCUCUGCAGAGCCCGAAGAGCUGUGAUAAUUAUUAUGAGGUGCAGGGGUCUGACUCUGGAGGGCACAUGCUAAACCAACUCUUCUCCCCAGAACCGAAGUCAAGGAGUGGAGAUUUGAAGCGUUCAUGGAUAAAGUGUGUGACCUUCGGCAGCAGUCAUUAGAAUGAAGAUUUACAUAAAUAUGUUUUAAAAAGCUUCUUGGUUUAACUGAGAUCUGGUUCAAACCUCAUGCCCAGACUGUACAAAAAUGGAUGACACAGCAUCUCCCUUUAAGGGAAACUAAAACAUAAGGGACAAAACUUUGUCAGCACCUGUCAGUCACUUCAAUCAGAGAAACUGUGAAGCCAGUAUUGUUUGACCAAGCACUAAUGUUGCUGCUCAGGCUGACUCAGGGCUCCACAGUGCGACCAUUUCACUCGCAUUUUCGACUAAAAAUAGAUGUUUGCAAAUUGUAAAAUCUAUUAGGGGCACAUGUGCGCAUAAAAAAAAAUUAGCCUAGGCAACAAAUGCUUUCUCAUGUUAUUACCGUGGUGAAGUUAGUUUUAGGUUGGACAUUCGACGGACUUUCACUGCGGAUCUACUGGUUUCUUCUCACUCUACAGAAACAGGAAUAGCAAGAGCAGCGCAGUUAAAUCUGCACCGCAGUGAGGUUAGUUUUAUGGUUGGAUAUUAGACGGACAUUCACUGCGGAUCUACCGGUGUCUUCUCACUGUCCAGAACCGGCCAUAGCAACAGCAGUGCUGUUAAAUCUCCUCGGCAUUUUCGCUGUCAACGUCUGGUGUUGAAUAAGGGACCAUCAAUAAAUUACCUGAUGUUCUCAGAAAAGGCUGUUUUCCUUCAAUAGCUUCCAUGUCAUGUGACCAAUUGACCUAAAAUUGAUGUCAAAUAAUAAUACUUAUGUUGACCAGUAAAACACACCUCUUUAUUUCCCUAAUUUGUCCUCAUACAUUUUUUGUGUUAAAUUUAAAGACAAAUUUUGAACAUUUUCUUCAAUAGCUUCCCUGUCAUGUGACCAAAAGACCUAAAAUUGAUUUCAAAUAAUAGUACUUAUGUCGACCAAUAAGACAAACAUUUUUUGAUCAAUUUUCAUUGUGCCCCGAAAGUUCUUUGUGUGCUCCUAACUUUUUCAACUUACGAGUACAUGUGCUCCUUGUGAAAAAAGUUAGUGUCAAGCCCUGUGACUAAGUAUAUAUUUUAUGGGCAGGAACUGGAGACUCAGGUAUGCAGAAAAAAAGAUGCUUGUAGGAUGAUAAAAUCUGUAAAUCAAACACUGAUUUUUUCAGACUGAAGCUAAAAAUCAGCCAUACAGUAGCUUAGGAAGUAUGUCGAAUGUCUCAGGGUCACAGAUGUGUGGAGUUAGUCAAGUGUGGAUGAAAGCUUUCCCUCUGUGAUUGGCUGAGUUCCAGUUUAUCCGUGUGCAUUCUGUCCCUCGUUGUGAAAGAAUAUGUCAAGGACGCACGAGCUCGCCCCACUUUUUUGUUUUCACCCCCUCUUCCUGUCCUCUUUUUCUUCCGAGAGCAAAAACACCCUCAUGUGACGACAGAUGUGUUCACAGCUGAGUCAAGUUUAGAUUAGGGGGUCAAAAUCCAGUCCCCUCACUGACCCCUUUCUUGACCCUUCCCUUCCACUGCCUUGGGAGUAAAGACAACUGCACAGCCUCACACACUCGCAGCUGCAACCCUUCCUGUUCUGGUCAUUUCCCCUUUUUGUUCGAAGAUGUGAAGAUAUCCAGUUCAUAGGAUAAAACCUGAAGUUCAGAUAAGAGUCAGGCAGUGUGGCGGGACAUCUGCUGCUCUUCCUCAGGCUCUAGUACUACAGCGCUUCAGGAACAGGAGAUUGGAUGGACCCUGGACAAUAGACCAGUGGACUUGCUUAUAAUGUAAUUACUCUCCUUCCUUAUUGAAUCACUCCAUCAGCUUCAUUUUUGGACGUCCUAAUCGACAAUGCAGACGCAGGAGAAAAGGUCAAAAUUAAGUCUUGUACUUUGGUUCACCUCGAUGUGUACAUUCUUCUUGCACUGUUAAUUUCUUGUAGAUCUGAGGUCACAUACUCCUAAGUUUAAACUGACCUUAGAUUGACUCAAUAACAAAGCUUGAACCCGAUAGUCUUGUACCCAUCCACAUCUAUCAGCAAGUUUCAAGUGCAGCUCCUUAAACUCCUCUUGAAACUCCUCAGUCCUUCCAAGGCCAAAGUUUUAUCAAACAGGUCAGAUGUAACUUUAGACUCCUGCUGACCGUCUGAGACCUCGAAAUGACGCCAAAGGUUGCAGUGAGGAAUCUCGUAACCUCUAAGCUGAUGUAUGAAUUUCAACUCAGCUGUGCAUUUGGCAGCCUGCUCUCUCUCCCAAGUCGGUGAAUACAGCAGCUUGGCAGUAGUCCAGUGUGUAUGAAUAUGAAGCUGGAGACAGCUUUAUAUUUCUUAAUUGGAUUGUUUUAAAUCAGAUAAUGGUGAUGCAGUGUGAGGAAUCAAAAAUUCAAGUGGAUUGGUCAUUACGGCAAAGGAUGGGUGAUGUGAUGACUUAUUUCCAGUGUACAUGAGUCGUACUUAAAGUUGUGUCUGGAUUCAUAACAUGCAUCCCUAUUUCAGUCGACCAGACUCUACUUAUAAAACACUUUUCAUGCAACAAUAAUAGAAGACAAAGUGCUGAGGAAGCCGAGAAAACGCUGUCUCAAGAAUAAAGUGGAAUAAAAUGUUAAAACUCAAGAUAGGAGGAUAAAAAUCUGCCGAAAUAUAGAAAGUAAAUAAGAUAAUGAUAAUCAAGGUCGCCGCACAGACUAAAAUCACCUCUAAAUGAUUCUGGAGGCCAAUGCAGAGACUAUAAAAUGGGUGUUAUGUAAACCCUUUAACCCUAAUUAUCCUGAUAAUGUUUUUGUUGUGAUAUUUUAUGGCCAGGUAAGUAGGAUAUAUAACAUUAAAUUAGCCCAACAUAACAUGAAAACAUGUCAAGUUGUGCCAUCAAAGCAGCUCAAACUUGGUUUCCCUGUCCUUGAUGUCUGCCUCCAGUGGACACUUGGGGAACUGCAGUUUUUGGAUUCCAGCUUCUCAGCUACCAUGUUUGAGUUGGAAGUGAGAGCAUGUUGUGUUUCAAGGUGCCGAUAUACCUCAAUUGGUGAAGCUGACAUCUCAUGAAGGGGAUCGCUGUCAGAUUGACUCCCAGUCCUGUCCAUAUCUGGUGCAUGCCAUCUCUCACCCUUAUCCCACAUUUCCAGUCCCUCUCCAGCUCUCCUAUUAUAUGACACCUAAAAUUUAAUUCUUAACUACAUUCAGCCCUGGUGCUAAACACGGCCUAUUAUUGUGUCAAACAGCUCAGUAAUGAACAGACCAAAGAUCCCACACUGUAUGAGCAUGUGAAGAAGAGCAUAUCACAAAAUUAUCUUGUAACGAUGGCCAGAAACCGUCCAUAAAUCAGCGAACCGAUGAUUCGCUGUAGCCCGACUGGACUGAACCUCUCUGAUGGAUGAAUGGAGGAAAGGUUUAAUUGAAUAUAAAGAGACAAGAGCCAAAGAAAAUGUGAAAUAAGCCAUCUCGGCCUGAUAUUCGAUCAUUCAUUUGCAGCGAUUGCGGGCAUGGGAAAAAAGCUAAUGACGCAAAACUAAUAUGCCCAGUCCUCUCAUUUCUUGUUGCAUGGCAGGUCUAAUGGCAAUAUGGAAGCAAUCAGUGCUGAAGCAUGAGACAAAAGAGGUGGAGAAGUUGAGGCCACAUGCAUACAGAAGCAAUAUCUUUCUCGGUUUGGUUUCAGCUGCGCACACGUACACACAUCUUUGAGGGUUUUUCUUCUUUGAAGGUUCAGCUCGGGAGAGGGGGUACUGUGUUCUUUAUGAGCGUGAGUUUCCAGCUGAAACGUAACAGCAGGGUGACCGCGCCUCAACUCAAGCAUGUCAGAGCACGGAAAUAAGUAAAAGCAGAAACUGUAAAAUACAAGGGAUUUUUCUUUUUCCUUUUUUUUGUACGUGUGUGUGUUUAAAUGUGUCUACUGUUGGAGGAACGUCACAGUGUACAGCACCAAAACUAUGAGUUUAAGUAGUAUAAACUUUUAGUUUGACAACAAAAAUCUCACAUUCAUCACAUAUUUGAACCAAUCACUCAAUAAGAUUCAUGUUCAUUUUAACUUUUGACCUUUAAGCUCAAGUGAGGAACUUUUGAUUUGAGCCACUUUUGGUGCCUUGUGUGAAUAAAACACUAUUUUUUUACCUUCUCUUCAAGAAAGACAGGGUAUACAUGUCUUAAAAUCCCAAAAGCAGGGUAAAGUCAGCAGCAAGAUCAUCAUUUACAGCAGAGAUGAUUGUCCUAGGAUAAAAAUAAAGUAUGUUUAGAAAAAGGUUAUGAUAAAAAAGAUGACUAAACUGAACAAAAAGCACUUGGGUAGAGCAAAGCAAGAUCAUCAUUGAUUGUACAGGAUAAGGGAGGUCUGUACAAAGAGAUGUCACCACAGCCACAGAGAUCAUUGACUUUACAGUUUAUGUAUCCUCCUAAAACAUCCAGUUUAAUUGCAGUUUUAGCUCCAGCUUUGCCUGUACCGAGAGUAAUUGAGUUAAUGUAGUAGGGGAAGCCUGUUGUCUCAUCAGAACGGCCAAAUUUCUGUCUGGCUGAAUGUCUCUUUCAUAUUGUCUGUAAAAAUCAAUUAAACAUGUCACACCAAAAAUCACAUACUACAAGACAACGCCAGAAGAAGUGGGACAGUCUUCCCUCUGCAGUACCAGAUCUACCACACACAAGGACUGGUUUAGGAUUUUAUUUUACUGAUUUUAAUUGUUUGACAUUUUCAUAGAAGCGAUCACUCUCUCUGUUAUCACUCAAGUUUCUACAGAAGGAUUUCAAAUUCAGAUUUAUGUGUCUGGUUCAAAAACAAAGACUUGUGUCUCUUAAGGGAUCCUGUCCAAAGUUUUAGGCAGCAAGAAGCAAAAACAAACAUUUUUUCACUCUGAUGUGGCCUUGUUAAGAUGUUCUUCUUGAGCAUGCCACGUACUUAUUGUGUCUUUUCUGUCCCCUGGCUUUGAAAAAUGAAGUCAAUUUGGAAACCUUGAAAGUCUGCUUGAGGCUGUCUACAAACUCAAAAGGAUCCCCAUUAGGACUAAUGUCAAAACGCCCAUUUUACAGCAAAAUCAAACAUGUUUGGAUCCUCGUGAAAAAACUCAACAUGGUACUAGUUCAGGCAGGCCACAAAGACAAGCCCAAAGUCAGCUGAUCCCAACACCUGCUCAUAGCAGAGAACCGCUCAGCUAAUCUUGUGAGCAAUACCUGCUUUGUUCUGCACAAUUAAAUAAUAGCCUACAUAGCAGCUGAUAUCAGUAAAUAAUUACCAACAGCUUUAACAUAAAUAAGUAAAAUCACUGGAUUUUCUGCACCUCCCUAACCCACUGUCUACAUCCCUUAGUGUUUAUGCGUUUCUCCUCACUCCUUGCAGCUACCAAGGUUAGCUCGGUUUGUCCUGAUAUUGCAGUACCUAUCUCUGGGACUAUCUCUUGACUUCAAAAUUUGUAAGUACAAGAAUCGAGGUUUAAAAAGAAGAACCCUCUAAAUUCCCCUUUAUAGUCCUUACAAGUGACUCAUAAAACAAAAUCACUGAAUGACCUUUGUAGCCGACAGCAGAUCUCUACGGGAGGCUAUCUCAGCUUCCUCAAGCAUACAUAAAAAGGAGCAAUAAAACACCUUUUUUGUACCAGUUGGAGGUCUUAUCGUUUUAUUUAAAAGAAAAGGUAUUAAUGGUCAACAAAAAACUUAUAAAAAGCAAUUGAGAACUUGUAAAUGUCAUGUGUUAUUAAAUAUUUCCAUCCUUUUUUUUCUUUCAGGGGCAGAAGACUGAAGCAGAGAAGUUUUAUCUGAGGGCCAUCCAACUGGACCCGACAAAAGGAAACUGCUAUAUGCACUAUGGUGAGAAAAAGAAAACAAAACUGAAGUUUAGAUUAAAAAUAUGGAUGUUUUGAAUUCAAAAAUGUCUCUUUGAGGUUUACAAAGCUUUGGAAAUGUUAUUUAUGUUCCAAACCUCUGCUAUGGUAUUUAUGGUAAUGACCAAGGAUAUAAGUUUUAUAUUUUCAAAACCGAAACCUUGUUUUUUUUUUUCAUUCGGACUCAGAGUCAGUGAAUGGAGCAGGUCAGAAUACAAAAAAGCAAAAAAGUCAGAUGUUCCGUUUUGUGAAAGUUUCAAAAAAAAAAAACAACGCUAAAGAACAGCUGGCGUGUUAAGCAACCGCUGCAUGACAUUAACUCGUUUGUGCAAAUGCGCUACAGUUUAAAGCACUCGUGGAGAGUUUUGUUUGAGGUUUUGCAGAUGGUGCAAACACGUAAACAUGCAUGCAUGCUCUUAGCGAGGGAACAGGAUCAGAGUACACUGUUUGUUAUUGGUAACAGAGAGUAAAACAUGAUACCGAGUCCUGCCUGCGCUGCUGUUAAUGCAGUAUUUUAUAUCGCUUUGGAGGAACAGGCUCCCUGCUGCUCCAUGGUGCUAUCUGUAGGGUAUUCAUCGCAGGAUAUGAAAUCUGCCCAGUCUUCCUGAGAGCACCAUUGUGCCUUGUCCCUUUCUCCUCUUCCUUAUCUCCCCUCAUUCCUUUUCGGUGCUUUCUCUGCAUCCAGUAUCUCCAGCUUUGAGUCUCAUUUAGUCCCCAGCGAGUGGAUACGUUGCUGUCUUUGGACCAAGCUGUUUCCCCUUACACUCUUUCCUCCCUCUCUGCCUAUCAGGUUAUUUUCCUUCUCAGUGUUAUCUUGUAGCUUCUUACUAAAGGUGAUGUUUAUUUUGGCCGGCCUUCUACUUUAUCUCAAAUCUGGCAGCUUUGGCUAUCCUGAGUUCGCUGGAUGAGCUCCAGGUGCAAGUGUGUAAAGAGUAAUGAUAUCUGGCUACUUUAUAACACAACGGAUGCAGACUCGAAGACACACAUAUGAGGGAUAGGAGGAAGCGAGGAUACGAAGGGUGAUGGCUGAGACAAGACCCCCCUUCCUGCCAUUGUUCACAGGAGGUGGUUUUAAGCAAACCGUCCCAGUACUUUGCAGUUUAGUUGGUUUUGUAGAAAGAAAAGGCAACCUCUCCACUUUCUCCUCUUCUUUCAUUCAGUAACAUCUGUGGCCUGGCUCACCUCUUAAUUUAUAGCCUAGAUCUGACACUGGUGGGUGCUGCACCAGGUGGUCAGACUCCCACAGGAACACGCAAGAAAUACCUCCAUCUCAUCUGUGUUCUCAAACAGUGCAGAGAAAAAAAAAAAACAAUCCUUUCACUGUCUCUUUCGCUGCGUUUCCUUCCCUUCUGCAUUUCCUGUGGUGCUUUUCUCCUUCACUGCCUCCAUUCAUCCUCCAAUCACCAUCUCUGUCAGUCAGAAUCUCUCUACAGGCUUUUUCUGUCUGUCUUUGGUUUUCUCAAAAUGGUUCUUCUAUUUGUUUUCCAAAAUAAAACACCAGAGCGUAAACCUCAAUGACAGAUAAAGAAACAAAAGAAACAAAACCAAAACCCUCACAUUCUUUGGAAAAUGAUCGCCUUGCUUGUGCUCGUAAAGUGUGUAGAAAUGAGAAUAUUUAGAUGCAGCUCAUGCCUAGAUUCUAUGUUAUAGUGCGCCCUUGCUAACCUCUCCUGUAAGUCACAUCUCAAGAAACCUUGAAUUGGCCUCCAAGGACAAGAGGCAGAAACAUGGCAGCACAAGAUGGUGGCCUCCAUUAAAGAGAACCAACUUCCUAUGUAGAUAAAAAGGUAAUUUUUAAGCAAACAAAAACAGAAAUGAUUUUUAAAGGUGAUAAUACACUAUUUUAAACCAGUGAAAAUUAUAUUCCAUAUUCCAAGGCUGCUUAAUACCACACAAUCAGUAUGUUUACAUGCAGUCAGGUUGUGGUUAUAGCUUCUUUUAACCACAAUCUUUGUUCAAGUGGACUGAAAACUGAUGUAGCGGGGGGACGCAGCUCAAGGAAGAACAUUAUGAUCAUUUCUUCAUGGAAAUGCAAUCGGACCAAGACGCUAAGGGAGAAGAACUACUGUGUCUGCAAUGCAAAACAAUUAAUAUGGUGAUUAUUACUUUAAGGAAAUGAUAAAGAAAUGAUCAUAAAUGUUCUUCCUUGAGCUGCGUCACCCCGCAGCAGUCCGUAAUGGACUGCCACGGGGUUCUGCUACAAACAAGCGGCUGCUGGAAGAGAGUAGGUGAGGUGUGUUAAGUCUUAAGAAUUAGGCAAUGUUAAAAAGAUGUUUGGUGGCUAGUGCUAUCGCUGGGACCCUACAUGUACUGUUAAUGAAGUUAGGUGCUGUUCUGAGCAUUAUUUGUGGCUAUAGGGUGGCUUUUUGGUUGAGGUUUGUUUAUGUAUUGCUAUCGUGCGGUUGUUCUUAAGUUGAUAUAACUAGAGAAGCAAGCAGUCGGCAACAUUCAUCUGUCAAGGGGAUGUCUAACUCGGUGUUACAGUGUGUUUGACCCUAAAUUAAAAAAUUUUACUAAAUUUUUCCCUUUAAGGUUGUGCUCCUAGCAUGACUCCAAAUGCUAACAUAAAUACUGCUCCACAGAAAUAAGUAAAUCUUCUCUGUCUGUCCUUUCCAGGUCAGUUCCUGCUGGAGCAGUCUCGAUUGAGCGAGGCGGCGGAGAUGGCAGAGAGAGCUGCAGAACUGGACAGCUCAGAAUUUGAUGUUGUCUUCAAUGCUGCCCACAUGCUCAGGUUGGCUAAACUGCUGAUAUGAAACAGCAACAAAGUGGACUGAAUGAAUGUGCAGUAUGUUUGAAGACGUGUUGAAGUUUUGAAAAUCCUGUAAUUUAUGAGGUUUGCUCCUCUCUUUAUCAGUGUGGGUUUGUUUUGUACUGCUGCCAUUUAAUAGCCGUCUUCAAAUAUAAAUUAUACUGUUGUUGUAGAGUAGUAAAAGUCUUCCCAAGAGAAAUCACUACAGUGAAAACUAUUACUCUUGUUGUAUAUAAACAGCAGUGCAGCACUAGUUUAUCACAGAUAUUUUUGGAUCCGGGGCUUGUGAAGAGAACCACUGAAGGGUUUUUCCUUCCAAUUUUGGCAUUUGGUAUACAAACGGCAUAUUAGUCUAACUUAAAAAGUCAACUGAGUCUACAGAUGUCUUUUACUCUCUGCAACUCAAGGAAAUAUUGGAGCAAUGUGCCUUCAUUCCUUCUUGCUUUACAUUUCUGGAAAAGUCAUUACGGCUCUCAAGCAUCCAUCUCAAAGCAGCACCACAGAGGAUUUGUAAAAAGUUGAAAGUCUCAGGGUUUGGCUGGGGUUUAAUGUUUGGAAAUCUGAAUGACAGAUUUUCAUCUGGCUUCUGGUUCGAGUGGUUAUUUUCAGCUGUGACGGACUGUGACAUAAAUCUAAGGUGAUUAGGAUUAAGGUUUUACUCACUUGAUUUUAAACUGAGCUGCUUCACUGAUAACAGAGGUGUGCUGCAAAUGUUGACUUAUUUACAAACAAUGACCAGGAUUAUUUAGGAAUUCAUUUAAAAUCCACAACAGUAAAUCACUUUUGUAGUUUAGACAUUGGUGCUCCAAAAAAGGAUUUUACCCCAGUAAAAGUAAGGAUUUAAUUUGUAAAGUUUUAGGUUAUAUUUCUCUUUAUAUUGUCUCUUAUGUCUUUAUCAUAUUAUUUAUUUUAACUAUUCAACUCAGACCAAACCAAACAAAAUGUACUGCUUGCACUUUCAUUUUUAUUAUUUUGCUUAAGUUACAGUCUUAUAAAUAUUAAUUACCCUGUCAGGAAAGAACGAUUUCCUCGACUUUAUUAACUUUGGCACACUGAAGUCCGGCUCAUGCCCCCUUUAGAUAAAAUAGUACGUAUGGAGCAGAUUAGCUUUUGCUAUUUUUUUAAAACCAGCUGGGAUAUGAUAGAGAGUUGAAAAGAGUAGGUGUCUGUAAAGAGUCUGGCAUUAUAAAAACAGCAAUUUCUCCUCAUCACACUGUAACAAAUAAUAAAUAGUCAACUAGACAUAGAGAUGGUAAUCCCUGUAAUAUAGGUCAAGCUCAUUGGGUUAACUUACUGGUUAUAUUAAAACAGAUUUAGAGGAUUUCAUGUGUUGACAUUAGAGAAAUUAGAAGCCUUAAGCAUCUGCAGCAUCCUGUUAACAUAUGGACCUGAUAGUUAAAGCUCCUGCAAGGAGUUUUUAGACGUUUAUGAAUUAGGCAGAAAUUUAUACUGAUGCCUUUUUAAGAGGAUCUACUACAGACUGGCUUAGGGGGUCACUUGGGAAAUUUGGAAGGUUUUGCAAUAAAGAACAGGAGCCAGAGAACUGGGCACAAAAAAAAUCUAUAUUUCUUCAACAUGCAGUAAUACCUGUUUCUAUACUAGGCCAUUCUCAAAUCUUCUCAAAUCUUUGGCUUUGGCUCAUGUAAAACUUUCAAUUCUUGAUUUGUUUCAAGACUCACAUUUCUCACGUCAGUUUUUUUAAGAGGAACAAUCCCCAAAAAUGUUCAGUACUGAAAGUUAUGAAAAUAUUAAGAGUACAUCAGUCCCACAGCCUUAUAUGAGACACAGUGGUUAGUAAGAAAUGUAUCAUCUGCAUAAAAAUAAGUGUGGCACUUAAAGCCAAGAGGAUGUUUGCUUGAUUCAAAAUAUUUUAGACAUCAGAGUCCUUUUAAAUCGACUAAAUUAGUCUAACCAAAAGCGUUUUAGAGCAGUUAACAUCUUAAAUAAUUGUGUAACUUAAAUCAUGUCUAUUAAUAAGUUGUGGGACACAGAAUAACACUGUGAAGCACUCAUGAUGAUAUACUAAAAUGAUGUUAUUUUGACUCACUUCUCCUUUUGUGUCACUGUUUUCUUCAGACAGGCCAGUCUAAAUGAGGCAGCAGAGCGUCAGUAUGAGCGUGCAGCCAGCCUCAGACCAGAUGUAAGUACCUGGGCUGGUGGGCCUGUUAGCACUUAUCAUUUAAAUGCACACACACACCCCUGCACAGUAAAUUCAAUUUACAGCAUGCUAUGAAUUACCUAUCCUUCUGACACAGUGUUACAAUGUCAUUUAGCAGACGCUUUUAUUCAAGGCUAUGUACAUUUGAGAUAAAAAGGGCACCAAUAUUGACACUAUUUUAUACUGCUGUUGUUCCUGGCAAACAGUAAUGCAGCUGCAUAUAAAAUGGAAACUUUGUCCUGCUCAUAGCUGGGAGCUGGAGCCUCGAUGUACUUGUGAAAAUACCAAAAACCCAAAGACAGAAGAGUUCGGUUGAAUUACUUGAUCAUCUGAGUCUUGUGGGAUAUCAUGUCUCUCCGUGUCAGCACAUGUGGUUGAGGUAUCUGUGGCUAUUUUAUCCUGUUUGUGCCUUGUAUGAAUCUGUCACUUCAAAAGAAAGAGCGUGCUUUGGUCUGGGAGGGUUCCCUAGAAUCAUAGGGACCCCUGUGAUUUUAAACAAGACCUAGAAGGAGCUUCCUGAAGUCAUUUGUCAUGUUAAACCGCUCUGUGAUCGUCUGCUCGGUGACUUAUGCUGCCAGUCAGGACAGAGUGCCAGAUUCAUCUUCAUGCCCUUCACUGCUUUAAUAAUAUGCUUUCUACUGCCACACCCUUAAUGGGGUUUUGUCUGGUGUAUCCCCACAACCCUGAACUCUAGUGCCUCCUCAUAAACACCACCUGUCUAGAGGUAAAAUAUCCAGUUAUAUGGUUUCAUAAAUGACCCACUACAGCUGAAUUGGCAGAUACAGGGAAAUGUAUCCAAAAUGUAAGUAGAUGUAAGUAAUAAAUAUUCAACAAAUAAUUCAAAGGUUAGGGUUCAUUUCAACCCUUAAUGAUUUUAACCAUGCUGGUUAUAAUAAGCUGCUCUGUAAAGUCAACACUUAGUUCACCACUUCAAUCAUCUCAAAUCCUCUACAAGUAAAUACACACAGCUGUUAGCUAACACCAUUGAAGGCCCAUUUUGAAAAUUUGCUCUUCAUUUUGGAUAUCUUGCAGAUAACUUUCCUAAAGUUAAGGCAUGUUUCAACCAUUUAAUAAUUAUCACAACCAUUAGCAAAUUUAUCUACUGUUUAAGACAUUCAGCUAACUCUUUCAACUGUUUCAGCAACUUGCAGUUAGCUUAAAUCAUUUUUCAGUGAUUUUUAAAUUAUUUAAUUCUAGUUCUAAAAAGUCCAGGUUAACUCUCAUCAUGAUUUUAGCUUAAUAUGUAACCAUGAAAUAGCUUCUCUGCCAUUAAAUAGACUAAGUAAACAAUUCCAGACAUGUCAUUGCUGCUAGCUAAAUUAUGCUAUGCUGUCAGCAGUUGUCUGUUUAGCUAUUCAUUUUGAAUACCUUACAGCUAACUUUCCUAAAGUUAAGGUAUGUUUCAACCAUUUAAUAAUUAUUAAAAAUAUUAGCAAAUUUAUCUACCAUUUAAGACAUUUGGCUAACUCUUCAAACUAUAUCAGUGACUUGCAGUUAGCUUAAAGCAUUUUUCAGUGAUUUCUAAAUUAUUUAACUCUAGUUUUAAAAAGUUCAGGAUAAAUUUAAUCACAAUUUUAGCUUCAUAUGUAACCAUUAAAUAGUUUCUCUGCCAUGAAAUAGAUUAAACAAUUCCAGACAUGUCAUUGCUGCUAGCUAAAUUAUGCUAUGCUGUCAGCAGUUGUCUAUUUAGCUUGUCACCUUGCUGCGAUUUUAGGCAAAAGGUUCAAUAAUUUUGAAGCUUUACCUGUGACUUUAAACUACUUUUCUUCCUUUUGAUAGCUCUGGCUCAAUUUUAAACCACCUAUUAGCCUACUCUUCAACCACCUGCUGACUGUUGUGCUUUCUACGCUGCUAGCCAUAGUCUGUCACUGAGAAAUCCAAUUGUGCCUAUUUUAGCAAUUUAGUUAAACUAUUGAUCAGUUUAUUUAUUUCUUAUUAGUUUUAUUAGUCUAGAGAUUUUAUUACCUUGCUAAUUUUACUGCCAAUCUAAGUAUAUAAGCACACAAUUAAGCUAAUUUGGGUAAAGCUGGUAUUCAUAGCCAGUGGUACUCUGCAAGUUCGUUCUAGUUUCCACACACUCUACUUUUUUACUCUUUCAGCUAAGCUACUCCACAGUAUUUCCACGUACCCUCUUGCAACUGUAAAACUAUCCCUUAGGGAACAAGUGCUAUUUGGGAAUCACUGUUUUGGAGCACUUGCUCUUUUUAGAGAAGGUUUUGCUGUCUGUCUGUAACCUCUUCAAGCCUGAAAAAGGUUGAAAAAGAAAGCGCGGAGGACAAGUUAUCCUUUAGAAUUGCAGUUUUUAAAAUUUGUUUUCUGAAAACUAAGCUACCUCAAAGUCACAGUUUUUCAAAAUACAGUCCCAGGUUUACCUCAUGUGCUCAUUUAGACAUGUAGAGGACUCCAGUAGUAAUUUGUCAUGAGUAAUGCAGCUAUCGUCUUUGACAUUUUUCCCUGCACACGUCUGCACCAUGAAUCACAGUCUCUCAAUUAUCACCUACGUACAACCAAUAGUUCUCAGGUCGUGAUAAAUCCAGCACUAGCUCAUUGUGUUGGGAAAGAAAGUGAUUUUGUGCAUUUAUUCACAACUGAAGCACUUUUCACAUUAUUCAGGUUCAUCUCAAAUACAGCACAGUGUUUACUCAUGGUGGGAAAUGGAAAUUCUGUGAGUCACCAAGCAACAAAAAUGUGCUGCAAAUGUGGUGAGGAUGAUACAAUGAGCUCAUGGUGAAACUGUAAUCAUGAAAGCAAAUGAUGUUUCUGUUUACAGAGCAGUCAAACAAGCCCAGAUUGUUUGAAUAAAGUCAAAAUAAUUAAAAUCUAUUUUCAUGCUGCUCACGACACAUGACAUCACAUGAUGCACUAUUGUAACAGCUUGACUUUCUGGAUCUAAAAUAUGAAUCUCUUGGCAGAUUUUGAGUUUUUCAGUGAAUAAUAAUUGAGGAAACUGUCGAAAAACUGACGCAAUACAAAUCAGACACAAUAUUUUAUAUAUCCUCUACUAAAGAAUGGUAUUUUUAUGUGUUUGGGGAUGUAUUUGGUGUAGUACUUCUAAAGCUAAUGUGAUAAUGGUUCACUGGAGCACAGAAAAGCUGAAAAAUAGUGUUUACUUAGGGUGAAAACAAACAAAGAAAUGGAUUUUAUUCACAUUUAGUUGUCAAGAAAGAUUUAUUUCAGUAUGGUACCAAAAAGCAGAACAAGUGUUGCUAAUUUCAUUUGUUGCUCCAGAUAUGAAAAACAAACCCAAUAAAGGAAUGGCUUCUGCCAGCUCUUGAAAACCACAUUCAUAAUCUGUUUUCCAGCAUCUUUCAGGCCUUCAUUUAAAAUACUUCAACUCUGUUUUUACUCAUUUGAUACAUAAGGUGAGAAAAACAAGCCCCCACUCCCAGACGCUGGUUUUUUAACACCACUCGAGACGUGGAAUGUAAACAAGUGAAAUAUAAGCGCUGGGGAAAGACGAACAGUUGUGGUUUGGAAGAGAGGGAAAAUCUGUGAACCAGUUGCCAAGUUGCUAACCAUAUGUCAUGCAGCAAGGACUAGGGUCUGGGAAUGAGGCCAGAUUUGGGAGAUGAGGUGCUGUCGACUUUUGGGAUGAGAUUCUGGUGUGUUUGUUAGUAACGGCUUGCUGAGAGUCACGUCUAUGAUCUGGAUUUUGUAGAUUGGGACCCAAAUGGUUUCACUUUGCCACUUCAAAGGAUGCUGUUUUAUUAAAAAGAGCUCCAAAAACACACCUCCGAGUGGGCAUAUUACAUUUAUAACAUAUAAAAACUUAACACGCUCCCACACACAGUCUGUGGCUACCUAUUUGCACACUAUGGCUUUAUCAAAGGACACUCUGUCUUUACCAACUCCUGCUACUUUGAUGUGAGAUUUCAUAAGGGCUAAUGUAAUUCAUAUUUAUCCUCUUAGCCUUAAGCAAAUUUCUCUUAAGUCGUUGAAUUAAUCCAAUGUCCAUAUAAACCCUGGCAGCUCCUAAAAAGAGCAUAUGACUCACAUAAUUGGCACAAAUGUAGAGAGAGAAUAUCCCACAGUAUAACUUUGUUUCUAAGGAUCUUCUGAGCCCCUAAAUUCGAUUUACAGGGAUAUUCCAGCAUAAAAUUAAUUCAGGGUCAAACACACCAUAACACCGAGUUAGACACCCCCCCGAGUGAUGAAUGUUGCCGACCGCUUGGUUCUCUAGUUAUAUCAACUUUAGUAACAACCGCAGGAUAGCAAUACACAGCGGUCAGAGGAGCCAUAAACAAACCUCAUCCAAAAAGCCACUAAACAUUUUUUUAGCUUUGCCUUAUUUCUUUAGCAAAGAGACUAAACACAAUUCACCUACUCUCUUCCAGCAGCCACUUGUUUGUAGCGAGACAUCGGGCCCAUCCAUUACGGACUACAGCAGGGUGAUGGAGCUCAGGGAAGAACAAUUAUGAUCAUUACUUUGUCAUUUCCUUGAAGUAAUAAUCCUCAUAUAAAUCAUUUUGCACUGCAGACACAGAAGUUCUUCUGCCUUAGCGUAUCGGUCUGAUUGCAUUUCCAUGAAGAAAUGAUCAUAAAUGUUUUUCCUUGAGCUGUGUCCCCCCGCUGCAGUCUGUGAUGGACUGGCCCGAGGUCUUGCUAUUAACAAGCGGCUGCUGGAAGAGAGAAGGUGAGUUGUGUUUAGUCUCUUUGCUAAAGAAAUCAGGCAAAGUUAAAAAGAUGUUUAGUGGCUAUUGCUAUGGCUGGGACCCUUUAUGUACUGUUGAUGAAGUUAGGUGCUGUUCUGAGCAUUAUUUGCGGUUAUAGAGUGGCGUUUUGGUUGAGGUUUGUUUAUGGCUCCUCUGACCACUGUGUAUUGCUAUCCUGCGGUCGUUACUAAAGUUGGUAUAACUAGAGAAGCAAGCGGUCAGCAACAUUCAUCUCUCGAGGGAGUGUCUGACUCAGCGUUACAAUAUGUUUGACCCUAAAUUAAUAUUACACUGGAAUAUCCAUUUAAGAGCUUACACACAAAUUAUGAAAAUGGACACCUGACCACCUCACACCCAUGACUCUUCCUUUUCUGCUCAUUUGACCGUUUUUUCACCCUGUCUUUGCCCAGUACCCCGCUGCUCUGAUGAACCUCGGCGCCAUCCUCCACCUGAAUGGAAAACUUCCAGAAGCAGAGGCCAACUACCUGCGUGCGCUCCAGCUCAAACCCGACGAUGUCAUCACCCAGUCCAACCUGCGCAAGCUGUGGAACAUCAUGGAGAGGCAGGGACUCAGGAUCAGGCAGGGCAUACAGAAUAGCAACCUUUGAACUGAGAGACUCACCGCUGUCUUCUUUUAAUGAUGACACACUGUCCUCUGGAGAAUAAAGCAGGACGGGAUAUGAAAGAGCUGUGGGAUAAAAGCUCGCUCUUCGUGACGAAUUCUUUAAUGUCAUGGUCUGUGAUGGUUGUGGACGACAGUUUGAAGCUUGGCACGUUGAGGAUUCAAGGGUGUAGGAGUCAAGCUUUGUAAUACUUCACAGUGACGUUUGGUAACUCAAAAGACAGAGUGAUAUCAGCCGUGUGUUUGAGUUCAAACAAGUGAUGCUCAGUUGUGAAAUGAUGCACUAAAGUCAAAGAAGAUGACUGCAAAUUACAAUAUAACAAAGACCUGAAGACAGAAGUCAAACAUCAACUAUUUAUGAUUAUUUUAAGCACUUAAUUUAGUUUAAUUUGGAUGUAGCAAACCUAAUCCUUAAGAAAAAGGUAUCAGAAGAAUUUGAGGAUUUCCACUGACUAGGUUUUGAAGCAAUCAGUACUGAAGGGUGAAUUACAUUUUCCUCUAUGAUUCCUGUGAUUCUUUGUUCCCAGGAAUCCCAAGCUUUUGGCAUACAUGGUUUUUAGGAGGGCUAAUUUAUAUGUAAAAAUAAGCAUGUUUAAACCAGGAAGAGCCAGGUAAAAGUUAGUAAUCUAACCUGUCUGCAGAAGUUAAAAACAGCAAAAUGUGAGACAUCUAGAUUUCUGGAGCUGGAUGUCUUAAUUUUGAAAUGCUAUCUCACAAACAAAGAAAACAAGGAGAAAAAAAACAUUUUAAAAACUGAAGAGGUACAAAAAACCUGAGCUACUCGAGUCUUUAGGAGCUGCUCCUUAUUUCUGCUUUAGGCUAGCAGCUCAAGGCGACAUUACCUGCUACCGGCUUAACCCAGCUCAGUCUCUUGCUGUGUUUUGUUUAACUUCAAGGUUUGGAAGUUGGGGUGAUCUAUAACUCAGCUGACCAAAUUUAGUAUUGUGAGUUGAAAAGUUAAGUUUUCAUAGAGCCAGGUUAGCUAUUUCAAUACAAGUGUUAAAGUAACACAAGCUGUAUUUUGUGUAUACAAACACAGCAGGAAUAUGUCCACACAUGUUGGACAGAGCUCAGUACACAAGACUCUUCUGUUGUGUUCAAACAGACGCUCGCUGCCUUCCAAACAGUAGGCAGACAGUUUGGGUAAUGUAGGCGUCAUGAAGAAAGGAUGCAUUGAAUGAAAAAAAAGGUCUGGUUUGGCAGCAUGAGUGGUGUGCACUUUUUAAAAGGAUGUGAAAUUAAAGAUUUGAUUGAGAAUUGCCAUAGUAAACCAUGAUCCCUAAACUAUGAUUUAAAGCAUGCCAGGGAUUAGGCGUUACCAUUACAAUCAUUGCCAACCACUAAAAUGAAACAUAGAGUUAUGCAGAACCAGUCACAUUCUGUUGUUCAUAUCACUGAUGAGUGCAUUUCAACCAUUUAUUAAAAUUAUAAUCAGAUUUAACUCCUCAGCGGUGCCAAAGCUUGAACUGAGUUUUUUCGCCUCUCGUGCCAAGCAAGAACUGUCCUGUGUUGUUUCACGUGUCAAAUGAAGAUGUUUCACUUCAUGUGAUCAAACUUAAUUUAUUAAUCCAUGUUAUUUUAUGUGAAAAAGCCAACACUGUGCCAUCUCUGUCGCAGGUUUUCUUCACAUAGACAGGCUACAGAGGGUAACAUGGCAGUGACACUCAAUGUUUUUUUUAUGUAUAUCUGUAUUAUUUUCUCUCUGCUCAGGGACAUCUGCUUUUGAUUCCUGUCACAGAAAGGGAUUGUGACACAGAGAGAGCUUCUUAAAAAUGAUGUUACAUGUUUUUUGAUGAUCGUGAAGUUUGGUUAAAUUAUAGAAAACGUGUAGCUGAAAACGUGCCGUGUUUUGUAAAGAAAAGUGAACUUUUUUCCAUAAUAAAAACAUGAUUUUGCUCCCAGAAG